AUGAAGCAUCUAUGGCAGCUGCCCCCAUCUUUGUUCCUCAAUUUGAUACAUGUCUGCCUGGGUAAGUACAAAAAACCUCUUGGCUCCUUAAGAAACUAUAGGACAGCAACGUACGCCUAAGCUUUGUUAGUAAUCCUUCAUAAUGUGGCCUUGCAACUGUUUCUUGAUAACUGUGUAAAUAAAUACUGCUUGCUGGCUGUCCCCCCUCCUCCUUAACCCCCCCUCCCCCCGAUUGUAUUACCUGUAGCUCCAAGUGGGCUGUUAUUGAUUCUUGAUCUGUGAUUAGAAUGAUAACUAAUUUCAUUUCAUUUUUACUUUUUUUUUCUUUGAACUUUGCUGUUCUCUUGCAGCAAGUAAGUAAUUAUUUCAUUAUGGCUUCUUGAUAGGCAUCCCUGAAAAUCAAAAUGUUUUAGAAUCUCCAAUAGAUUGCUUAGGGAUUGCCUGGAGGUCAAAGAUGCUCGUUUUGCAGUUAGUGAGCAUUUAAUGAAGGCUCAUUCAACAAGCAAAAAACUUCAGACUGUCUGGUGGGAUCCUGAUUAAUUCGUUUUCUGUGUGUUAUAUAUACGGGUACAUCUGUAAUAUGUUAACUGAUUCAUAGCCAUUUGUAUUAUUAACCAGAUAGUACAGGAUCCCUUAAAUAUGGCCAUAAACUUUCUAAAAUGUAGAUGUGAUCUAUUAGCAUAAUUGGAUAUAUUGUGAACUCAGAUUAUUCCCUUGAGGGUUGAUCUUUGCUUUGUACUCAGAGGCAGGCAGGGUAGCAAAUUCAUCUGUUUGUGAUCUAAAGAAUGCUUUUGUUUUGAGUUCUGUUUUCUUUCCGACCUGCAGCUCAGGCGAAUUAUGCUCCCUAUUUCUUCGACAAUGGAGCUAGCAGCACUAACGGGAACAUGGCACUUCUCAGCCUUUCAGAAGACACAGCUGUCGGUCAGUCUUACGAUAUAGCCCACUCCUUUUUCAAAAUAACAAUAUGAAUUUGCUGGUUUCUUUUUCAUUUGUUAAAAACUAAGAAAAGAGACUCAGUCGUAUUUGUGCAGGUUGUGUCCACCUAAAAACUCUUCUUGUCUUUAAACUUGAAGACUUAUCUAUAAAUGAAAUGAGUUAAAUGGGCCAUUUGUGUAAGUAGCAUUCAUGUGCCUUCAAAUGCAUGUGUGUACGCUAUUUUGGCUGUAAUUUUGCACAACAAAUGGCGACACUCAGCCAAUUCAAUGGGGCCUGGGUGAGCACUGCGAUGCAAGUGUUAGUAAACAUGAAUUUCCAUUGGCUCUGCACGCUUAAGCUUGUUUCUAGAACUUCCUUGCUAGAAUGAGUUAUCUAUCUGGUAUUUUUCACACAAUUAACGCACAAGGGAUUUGUUGUAGGACAGGAACAUUACACUCGAAUGGGUCAAACACAAAACUCCACGUCCAGCAGAUGCCUGACUUUCUUUAACCAGAAAUUUGCCAGUUAGGGGACCAGAGUUUAAUUUCUGUUAAUCAUUCUCUCAUAAAUCAGUCCAAACAUGCCAGCCUUCCAUAUUUUGCCUAUCCAAAUUCCUUCACCAAAACCAUGGCUGGCACCCAUCACCAGCUUUCCCUUCCCAGGCUUGAACUCUCCUUAGCAGUUGAAUGCCACCAUCUAAGCCUCUAUCCACGUGCCCACCCUCCAAAAUGUUCCUUUCUUGUGCACAUCCCUGCACUUUCCAGACAUCCCGGCAAAUUCCUUUUCUUCCUGCACCGUGCCACAUUCCGGCAAAGGGUAAGAAGCUAGGAAGAGCGAGUCAUCUGGUCUGUCAGGACAACACGAGCAUUAUCCAUCCCUCCUCCCACCACCGUAAGCGCAACGCUCACUCUCAGUAAUAACAGUAGGUGGCCAAUUCCGAUUGGCUACAUGCGAAAUCCUCUCGCUCACUACGCGAUUCUCGAUUGGCCAGGAUCAUGUGGCGAGAGAGAGAAAACAAAAUGAUGGAGGAGGGAGCAGAGAAGUGGAUCACCCUGGCUGUGAUGUGCCACAGAAGAAAUGAAAAAGAUACACUGGGGUUUUGUAGACCUUUUGCACCCCCAAAUUCCUCUCCCACUUUGCCUCAUGCUUUUUGUGGGCAUUACUUGGACCUACUCCAAACUAUGUCUAGAGUGGCUGGGGAAACCCAGCUAGAUGAGCGCCACAACUCCAUAACCGCCUUUGACUGGACUUAACCAUCCAGGGGUCCUUUACCUGUUUCCUUUUUUUUUUUUUUUACUUUCCCAUUCCUACUGUAGUUCCUGUUUUCCCUUCUCACCUGUCCAGAGUUUUACCUUUUUCAUGGGCAUUUCCUCCAGAGUUUUAUUCAAGGCUUUUUUUUCAGCCGGAACUCACCAGAAUUCAGUUCCUCUCAGGUGGUUGUCAUUGCCAUUGUAAGAGAACCAGGGAGGUGAUGAUGGUGAAUUCCAGCAUCACUUUUUCUAGAAAAAUAUCACUGGUUUUACUGCUCCUCACUGUACACCUGAUAUAUUGACUAGGUAGGUAGAUUAAUGCCAAGAUUCAGUUUCAGCUCACAAAUCAUAAUGGACCUAGGGAAAGGCUUUUGUUUCCCCCUGCCCCAAGGGAUGAAGGCUGCUGUGUUUGCUUCUGUUUCCAUUUGCUGGUGCCCACAAAGAUAAGGCUAAUUUUAAAUUCACUUUUCUUUUCAGCAAGAGGAGGCAGAAAUGCCAAAUAUAGAUUUUUUUUUAAUUGGUGUUAAUUCUGCACUGAGAAGUGUUCCCCGGGUGCUAAUGAUAUGGAGAGCUUGUGCUGAGAAAGGUGUAAAAAUUAUCAGCCAGACACCAAGGCUGAUCUGAAGGAGAAGCCGUAAAACCUUCCCAUUUUAACAUCCUAUUAACAUCCUGGCAUUCGCACAACCAGUGAAACAUCAGUUGAUAUCAGCUUGCAGGAGGGAGGCACGGAAGAGCAGGGCUUUUGGUCCUUGUUUGCUUGCAAAACAACAAAACAAAACAAAAACGCGAGAACUCCUUUAGCACGCCAAAGGUAAAGUACUGAAAUUUUGCACCCCUGACAAUUUUGCACUCAGGGCAACCGCCCCAAGCUACGACACUGCCUCUCACUGCUUAUGAAAUACUGUGUUUUGAUGCAUUUCCCUUCAAACUAGUUUCAAUCUCAAGUGAGAAAAAGAAUGACCUAGGUUUUUUCUUAAAGACAGCAAUGUACUUCAAUUUUUUUCACACACACAAAUGUUACUCCAGUGGAACUUCAGUUGUCGAACGCUACGGAAGUCGAAUGUUUCGGCUUUUGAACACCGACAACCCGGAAGUGAAUACUUCCAUUUUCGAACGCGCCUCAGAAGUCAAACAGCUUCCAAGGAGUGUUUCUCCAUUUUUACAAUGGAUUUUGCUGACCAGCAAUUGCACCUCAGUUGUCGAAAGUUUUGGAAGUCGAACGGUCUUCCAGAACAGAUUAUGUUCGACAACCGAGGUUCCACUGUAUAACAACAUUUGCAGUGGCUCUUCACAAUACCCCCCAAAAGCAAUUUUUUCUACAAGGUGUCCUAAUCUCUCUCUUUCAGGUACACACGUGUACACGUUAAAUGGAACAGAUCCCGAAGGGGAUCCGGUAACCUAUGGCAUGACCUUUGAAUCUGGGUCAAGAAAGUACUUUGCUAUUGAUGAAAACUAUGGAAAUGUUACACUGAUUGAAGAGCUGGACCGUGAGGUACAGUGCAAUAAAGCGGAAUCUAUUUGUGGUGUCAGGAUCAAUUUAAGAUGGUUGUUUGUGUCAGCUUAGUUCCCACUGAGCUGAUAACCCCCUACCUGGGCUGUUCACUUAAAAUGUCAUGGGGGCGGGGCAUUCACAUAAUCAAAUUCAUCUUUAUAAAAAAAAUAAAAUCACACAAAGGAAACUAGGGAGAAGUUUAAGUUUAAGCCCAUCUCCCUGACAUGCUCUUUACUCUGUGCAAAGAUUUUGUUUUCUUUUAGGGAGGAAUAUUCAACCAUAUGAUCGUCUACCUGUGGUCUAAAAUGGUUCAGUCCAGACACAGGUUUAUUGCCUCCGGUGAAAAUUUAGGGCCAUAUCUAUCAGUCGUAGGACAACUGGUUAUACCAUCCAUUAAUUUGGGGGACAAAAUGAGUAUAAUCAGUAUGAAGCAAAUGGCAGAAAUAACGAUAAUUUUUUAACCUCAUUUUCAGCUUAUAAAACAUGGAAUUUGAAAAUUUGGGUGAUUUGGGUUUAUUGCAAACUUCCUAAUAUUUGUAAAGAAUAGUUGCGGUAUAAUGUUUCACAUAAAUAAACAUGCUAAAAUAAAAUGUUAGUAACCAUAAUUAUGUCCACCAAAGGGAUGUUUCCAAGAAGUUCACAAAUUGAAGACAAACUCCAUAUAUUCGAAAGGUUACUCUACAAACAGUUAUAGUCAAUGUGGAUAUUUACUCAGAAUUAAUUCCUGAAUUCAGUUGGGCUUACUCCACAAUAAGUGUGCACAUGAACUUGCCCACACUUACUUGGGAGUAAGCCCCAUUGAACUCAAUAGAUCAUACAUUUAAGCAGACAUCCCUAGGUUUCUGCUGUUAAUGGUCUCCUAACUCCGUUCUUCAGACAGAGUUAUGUGUUACUUAUUUAGCCAGCUAAAACAAUACUACAUAGAAAGCAAGAAAAUAUUUGAUAAAUGCUGUAUUUUUACACUUCUAAAAAUAUGAGUCUUAGAUCCCAUCAACCCUGUGGACAACAAUUCUUCUAUUUUCUAUUUUAAGAGAGAAGAUGAGGUUGAAGUUGUCGUCAGCAUCUCAGAUGGCUUAAGUACGGUAAGUAUUUCAAGAGAAAAGGGGUUUUCCUCACCGUUGCCUAUUCAUGUUCGAUUCUGUAUCAGAUAAUGGAAAAGGAAACAGUUGCCAUUCUCCUAACUGCCAAAUCAACCGCUUGGAUAUUUCCAAGGGAUAGAUUGUGGGAUGUGAGGAAUCACCCCUAGGUUUUUUGGUUUAUCUGAUAUAAGUGUUUACAAUGGUCUUUAAGAUAAAUUAUAACCCACCCACCAUUAGUAGGACUGGAAUAAUACUUGUAGUUUAAUGAUGAAUUUUGGGCAUAAUGGAGAUGUAAAAGAUUUGGAUUAUCAUAAAAGAUGCAGGAGGAAAUGAUUAACAAUACGACACAGAAAGGGGAGGAAGGAAGUCCAGCAGAUUCUUCAGAAUCUUGUUUUUAUGUUGUAUAUUGGAUAUGUGAUUGUAAAACUUUGAUCUGAAAACCAAAUAAACAUUUUUUUAAAAAAAUCUAUUAUAUUGGGGCAGUCCCCGGGCUCUUAGCCACCCUCCAUAUCUGUCCCAACCAGAUCCUUGUAACUAAUCACUCACUCAGACAUGGGCUUCACCAAGACUCCAAGAGUGGGUUGGCACAUGUGCAUCUGACUCACGAGUAGACACAGAUAAACACAUUAUUUCCAUAUUAAGGUUUUCUUAGUGGGAAUAGCAUCUUGUGAACAAAAAAAGGCAAAAUGUUCAUCUGCACUGCAUGGGGAAGUGGGUGAAUGUUUAACUUCCUCACAUUGGAGGGAAGCCCUCCCACAUGUGGAGCUUUGAACCCUGGCCUGUGAAUUGUUGGAAGAAAGAGGAUAGAGAUACACUCACCCCAAAGGCUAGAAGUGUAGGUCCCUCAAUGAAACGGAUAGAAUCGAAGAAUCAUAAAAUUGUAGAGUUGCAAGGGACCUCGAGGAUUGUCUAGUCCCAUGGUUCCCAACGUGGGGCACAUGCCCCAAAGGGGGGCAAUUUAAUUUUUCAGGGAGGCAAUUUGAGAAUGAGUUAUUAACAGUGACCUUUUUGCAUUUCCUAUGGUUCUAGGGGCCUCGUAUACAGGGAGCCAGUGUGGUGUAGUGGUUAAGAGUGGUAGACUCGUAAUCUGGGGAACCGGGUUCACGUCUCCGCUCCUCCACAUGCAGCUGCUGGGUGACCUUGGACUAAUCACACUUCUCUGAAGUCUCUCAGCCCCACUCGCCUCACGGAGUGUUUGUUGUGGGGGAGGAAGGGAAAGGAGAUUGUUAGCUGCUUUGAGACUCCUUCGGGUAGUGAUAUCAAAUCCAAACUCUUCUUCUUCUUCUUCUACUACUACUACUACUACUACUACUAUAUAAAUAUAUAUUGCAACACACACAUUUUAAAGAUUUCUUAGUGAUUUCUUCCUCAGUACAGUGGUACCUCGGGUUAAGUACUUAAUUCGUUCCAGAGGUCCGUUCUUAACCUGAAACUGUUCUUAACCUGAAGCGCCACUUUAGCUAAUGGGGCCUCCUGCUGCCCCUGCGCCGCCGAAGCACGUUUUCUGUUCUCAUCCUGAAGCAAAGUUCUUAACCCGAGGUACUAUUUCUGGGUUAGCGGAGUCUGUAACCUGAAGUGUAUGUAACCUGAAGCGUAUGUAACCUGAGGUACCACUGUACUUCAACUGUCCUUUCGUUCUUUUAUUUUUCUCUUUCAUGGAUGCCAUGUUCUUUGGAAGCUUGUUUAGACCAAGUUAAUGGCCUUUUAGGCCUUUUAGUGAACAGGAGUUCAUUUUUUGAAUAAUAAGAAUUAUACAUCACGGCGGGGGUGGGCACCAGGAUUUUAGAGAUGCUUAGGUGGGGGCAUGGUCCAAAAAAGGUCGGGGACCACUGGUCUAGUCCAACCCCCUGCAAUGCAGGAAUAUGCAACUGUCCCAUACGGGGAUCAAAGCUGCCACCCUUGAGGAACUCUUGUUCUGAUCCUAGUAGUUCUUAAAAUGGUUGUCAUUAGGGCUAAGAUGCAGCCAAGUGUGCAUAUGAUCACUCCUUGGUAUAAAUCCACUUUCCUGUCUAAAAUUGCAUCAUGUUCAACUUUAGGUGGCUGAGAAAGUCAGGAUCCUUGUAACAGAUGCUAAUGAUGAGAGCCCAGAAUUUACCAACACACCAUACAUAGCCCAAGUCCUGGAGGUUGGUGAAACUUAACUCUGUCUUUUUAGCAAAUGUAAACAGAGAGGAAAUUGGUUUCGGCUACCCCAUGAUGAGCAUAGCUGUAAGUUGUGCACUGGCUGCUUUUGUGGUAAGAUUCAAGCAGUGUUGACAUAUGCAAUUCCACUUCAAAUGAAGGUUUCUGAUGAGCUUUGCAAUUUGAUGAUAAUGUCGUUAUCCCUUGUCUGGAAAGAAAAGGUGUCAUUAUUUUAUUUCAUUUUUAAAGUAAGGUAAAAAAGUAAUAACAACUACUACAAACUGCCUUGGGGACUGGGAGGCAGCAUUUGGUGAUUUCCUGGGCACUAGCCAAUCAGUUACAGCUGCCCACAAUCUGCUUCCCCAGGAAACUGCCCAAAUCAUUUUAUAAGAGCUCAAAAAAGUAAGUUUGUAUUGAUCAUUUUGAGAGCGUAUCUAAAACUAUUCCCACUGCUCUAUAGAGGUUUCAUCUGUCAAAUGUUAUGUCAGUUUUUACCCUGCCUUUCCGGAGACUUUCCCCAAGCUUUAGACUGUACACUUCAGUGCUCAGUGAAGAGUAAAAACAGCUGACAUGGACAUAUUCUUCAUUGCUCUGUCUCUCUCCUUGUUGCUGCUGUGAUUUUGGGAUGGAUGGGGAAGGAAUGAACUUGAUUCUCUUUCCCCUUCUUCCCAAUGCAAUAUCUCAUUGUUCUCACUCUCUCUUUUUGCUUUCCUAACACAUUACCUUCCCACCAUAGGAGUAUAUUUAUAUUUUACUAAUACCCCCUAAUUUCUUAUGCCCAUCUCUGAUUAUGUUCUCUGUUUGGAUUCACAGAACACACCUUCAGGCAGCAGCAUCUUGAAAAUUGAAGCCAUAGACAGAGACACCGGUUCAGGGGGGAGCAUAACCUACUUUCUGCAGGUAAAUAUUGACUUAGGUGUCAGGCACCCCAGGAAUAAGACAAAGAGUGGACUGGAAGCACUGGGAGGCACUUACCAUAUUUUUCGCUCCAUAAGACGCACUUUUCCCCUCUUAAAAAGUAAGGGGAAAUGUGUGUGCAUCUUAAGGAGUGAAAGCAGGUGGGAGGCUCUGCUCAGCACUCCCUUUAAAGAGCCGCGCCUAGCGUGUGUGCGGCUCUUGGGGGCUUUUCCAUGAGGAGGGAGAAGGGACUGACAGGCUGCCCUCUGUCCCUUCCCACACCUCCCAGAAAAGCCAGCAAGAGCCGCUGCCAGGCUCUGCUCAGCGCUCCCUUGUAAGGGCUCCCUUUCGUCGUUCCUCCCACUUUGCUGGGAAGCCAGCAGAACAAGAGGCGCCGUGCAGCUAUCGCUCUUGCUCUUGCUCUGCUGGCUUCUCAGUGAAGCGGGGAGGAGCGAUGGAAGGGUUUAAAGCAAGAAAAGCAAGAGCUGCUUACAUGCUCUGCGCAGAAUAUUUUUUUUCUUGCUUUCCCCCCUCUAAAAACUAGGUGCGUCUUAUGGUCAGGUGCAUCUUAUGGAGAGAAAAAUAUGGUAAAAUCCAUCUCAUGGUGUCUGUUUGUUUGAGUACCUUCUGACUAUAAAGUUAAUACUAAGAACAUUAGAACUUCCAUAAUGAUAUAAUGCAGGAAUGAGGACCUUUGCCAUUCCAGAUAUUGUUGGACUGCAACUCCCAUCAACCUCAGCCGCCAUCCUCCAGUCAAGGAUGAUGGGAGCUGCAGUCCAACAACUUCUAGAGGGUCACAGGUUCCCCAUCUAUGAGCUCAGCUUGGUACAGCAUGAGAUAAAAAUAUUCUGAAAUGAUACUUGCAGGGCCAGGCUGUGCCCCCUCCGCCCAGGUGAGCUACCAAUAAAGGAGACCACACAGUUGAAUGGGAUCAAAUCAGGCCACAACUUUAUUGACUUCAGAUGAAGUGGUUUGGCAUAGGCAUUGGGUAAGCAUUUAUUUCCAGGCUGCCUACCAGAAAUGACAUCAGGGUCAACGCCGGCAGCGGGGGUUCCUACGACUUACAUCAAAUAGGGGGAUCCCCUCAGGGAUCACCACCUCUAGGACCGCUGAGGCCCAAGCCCCUUGUCUGGCUAAAUGGACAGAAGUAACUCCAUCACAGAUCCCUUUAAUAGGUUACUCUAUUUCUGGAUGGGAAGGCCAGGGUACAACCCCCCCUUCCAACCCAGGCUAAGGUUAAAGGUAAAGGUACCCCUGCCCGUAUGGGCCAGUCUUGCCAGACUCUAGGGUUGUGCACUCAUCUCACUCUAUAGGCCAAGAGCCAGCGCUGUCCGCAGACACUUCUGGGUCACGUGGCCAGCGUGACAAGCUGCAUCUGGCAAGCCAGCGCAGCACACGGAACGCCGUUUACCUUCCCGCUGGUAAGCGGUCCCUAUUUAUCUACUUGCACCCGGGGGUGCUUUCGAACUGCUAGGUUGGCAGGCGCUGGGACCGAACGACGGGAGCACACCCCGCCGCGGGGAUUCGAACCGCCGACCAUGUGAUCGGCAAGUCCUAGGCGCUGAGGUUUUACCCACAGUGCCACCCACGUUACUCAAUGCCUAAACCUCUAAAAGUUGUGACAAUUGCUACGAGGUAGGCAAAACCUCCAGGUCACAGCCAAUUUGCCUGAUAAGCAAAUUCCUACCCAGCCCCAUAAAUGCGGCAACUACCACAGCCAUAGCAAGGUCAAUUCAAUGAGUAAAUGCAAAAUUACUGGAGUUGGUUUGAUCCGAUGAAGAAGAGCUGGGCAUCGGGGGCUGGUGCGGGCUGUUUUAAAUCCCCCAGGCGUGGACCUGAGGGAAGCCUGAUUGUUCCCUCCAGCCUGCCCCCAGAGAGCCUAGCCCUCUACACCAGCCUGCCAUUUGCCAGUUUGGCAGGCUGACGCAGAGCAGGAUUUGAAGCUCGCGGUCCAGCAAGGAUCAGACCCUGAUGCCCAGCCCUGCAUCGUUGGUGGGAGGAGAGGCGCUGGCUGUUCCACAAAGCUGCCACACCCCUAAGAGUGGGUAAGCGGACUUGUGUGACUCAGAGGUUAGAUGGGUAAAAGGUAAAGGUAAAGGGACCCCUGACCAUUAGGUCCAGUCGUGGCCGACUCUGGGGUUGCGGCGCUCAUCUCGCUUUAUUGGCUGAGGGAGCCGGCAUACAGCUUCCGGGUCAUGUGGCCAGCAUGACUAAGCCACUUCUGGCGAACCAGAGCAGCGCAUGGAAACGCCGUUUACCUUCCCGCCGGAGUGGUACCUAUUUAUCUACUUGCACUUUGACGUGCUUUCGAACUGCUAGAUUGGCAGGAGCAGGGACCGAGCAACAGGAGCUCACCCCAUCACGGGGAUCCGAACCGCCGACCUUCUGAUCAGCAAGUCCUAGGCUCUGUGAUCGCUGCAGCUGUCUGCCUCAGUUUCCAAUUCAUAAACUGAAAGCAUCACUUAUCUACCUCCCAGGGUUACUUGAGACGAUGAGUUAGGAAAGGUUGUUUUGUGUAUUGAGCUGCAGGCAAAAGUAUGGUUUCAUGACCUUCUCAUUUCCCCUCCCUACAGUGCAAAAAGCCAUACACAUUGCAGAAGACAGACAUAUCCUGGAAAGGGAGAGAGCAAUUCUUAGAGAUUUCUCUAUUUGAAAUAUGACUUUUUACUUAUGUUUCUUUCUCCCUAAUUUUUCUUUUCUUUUCUUUUCUUUUUUGGUACUGUUCACACAUAUGGGUUUUUUGAGUGCAGUAUGAGCGCCACAACCCCAGAGUCGUUCGCGACUGGACUUAACUGUCAGGGGUCCCUUUACCUUUUAAUGAUACUUUGCCACAAGUGUAUCAGUUGCCAGCUAGCUACUGUAUACACAAGUCCUAAUUUAUUUGGCUGCAAUUGUGUAUCAGUGAAUGACCCAUCUAGGAGGGAGCAAUAUCUCAGUGGAAACAGUUCCGGUUCUUCUCAUGGAUUUUUUUUCCCUUUCAAAGACAAAACUUCAGUGCAAAAAAAGACACUGCCUACCUGAACUAAUAGAGCUUGCAAUAUAAAAAUCUCACAGCUGAGUAAUUUUGAUUCCCACCCAACUAGAGGUAAAAGAAUCCAUGUAAACCUAUUCAUUUUGGUCUUUCCUCAGACACUGGAGAGCUCACUAAUCAAGUAGCUGCUUCUGAAAGCACAAAUAUUUAAGUAGGAUUAAAUCUAAUCUUCUUAACAGGAGAAAAAUACUGAAAGGAGAGAAACCAUAAGCUGAGCACUGUGCACAGCCAAGGGAGACAGAAAGGCAAUCAUUCUUUUUUACUGAAAAGAGACCUUAGCAUUUUUCGUUCUCCUUUUUUGAGCAACCCCUGUCCUAGUGUUCCAGAUGAUUAAGGGGCAAAUAUUACGGUCUUCUCGCAGAUUUGCACCUCCUCAGAAAGCACACAGUACUAUGGUGGUGAGCCUCCCUUUUGAACUUUUAAGCAAAGUUCUGAAGCCCCUUUUCUUUCACAUGGUUUUAAACUUUGAUUGAUUUUUUUGUUUGUUUCCACCAUGCUGUUUAUGUUUUGGUUCCAUUUAAAAGCUCUUGGCUGUAUUGUAUUUCAUUUUAUUUUUUUACCGCAAAACACUCUGAGCGCCGAACAGUGGGGUAUAAUUGCUUUCACAAGUAACACAACAAAAUCUCCUUACUGCUAAGCUGUCAGAAGGAUUGUUUCUAGCUGUCCUUUUACCUGAAAUGAAACUCUAUACAUAUUCUGGUAAAGCACAUGUAACUGUAUAAGAAUUGUUAUACUGCUAAAAAUUGUGGGAUGUGCCCAGAGGCAGGAAAGGAAGAAAAAAACACACCCACCCUGUGUUUUGAUGAUGCUGUUACUGUUAAGAUGGCAGACUACAGGGCUGUAUGCAGCUAAUUCAGGAAUCCCCAAACUCGGCUCCCCAGCUGUUUUGGAACUACAAUUCCCAUCAUCCCUGACCACUGGUCCUGUUAGCUAGGGAUGAUGGGAGCUGUAGUCCCAAAACAGCUGGUGGGCCGAGUUUGGGGGUGCCUGAGCUACUGUGUCCCAUCUGUGCAAUUUUUUUUCCUGUUUAUGUACCAGGACUUUACUCCCACUCCUCCCACUCCCCACAUUUGCUCCAGAGGGUUGGAAGAACCCUUGGAACAGAUUUAGGAUGCACAGGGGAGGAGAGGGAGCGAACAUUUUGCUGCGCAAGCAGAAAUCUUUGUGCGGAGAGAACAUUCACAUAGCGCUAUCCUGGAUACAACUCAACUGUCCUUUACAAUAAAUGGUUUGAGUUAAUGAAUAAGAAUUACGGGAAGUCUGAGAAUAUUGCUGAGCCUGUCACAACAUUCAUAAAUGCUGAGAGCUGGUCCUAUACUAUGUGCCCUCUGCCUCUCGAAUCCUUUUGUCAGGUCGUAUCACCAGCCCCUCCUCUGUGUUUCUAGAUUGGCACUUGUAGAGAUGACAAGGAUUUCAAAAGGAAGCAUUUUAUAGGUUGGUGUAAUGUUGUGGCAGGAAGGUAAACGGCAUUUCUGUGGGCUCUGGUUUCCGUCAGUGUUCCAUUGUGCCAGAAGCAGUUUAGGCCUGCUGGCCACAUGACCUGGAAAACUGUCUGUGGAUGAACACCGGCUCCCUUGGCCUGAAAGCGAGAUGAGCGCUGCAACCCCAUAGUCGCCUUUGACUGGACUUAACCGUCCAGGGAUCCUUUACCUUUUACCUUACAUCAACAUAACUCCCUGUUGUACUUCCCCCUUCUUUGGACAAUGCAAAUAAAUGGGUCUCACAAUGGGGUGAGCACAGAAGCCUUGGCGGUUGCAGAGCAUAAAGUGAGUAGAGUCUCCUCACUCAGAAAAAGACCCCUGACAAUUAGGGUGGCCUUAUGCCCUACUUUAAAGAGAACGGUCCUCUAUUUUGAGGGCUGUCAGGUCAUAGAAAGGGAGAGCUUUGAGGAGCAAUUGGCAGCUGUGGGUCAGCAGACUGAACGAGUGACCCGAGUCACGCGGUGCCUUCCCCAGUAUCGUGGGAAGCAUGCACUUCUAUUUAAACUAUAUCAAUUAUUUCUGAAUUUGUGCCUCUACAUAAAAUUUACCGCAUGCCAAUUGGUGUUCUCUUUGGUAACGCAAAUCUCCUUUCUCAGCAAUGGGUAAUUGGCCAUGCUACUGUCAGAGGGGAUGGAUUCUGUGUUUGCUCCAGUUCGCUUCAGUCAGUUGACCUACUGAAGAUUAAAACUCCAUUUGUCUCAAGGAAAUUCACAUUUGCAGAGUGCUCGUUCUUUUCACGGGCAGCCGCUUGUUCCCUGUGUUGCCGUAGGUCUUGUUCUUUCAGAGCAAAUAGUAUAAAGUUGGUUUCUGACAGCAGGAGGAUAUCAACCUAUGCAUUAAAGACACACACAAUCUUACAUUUCUUUUCUUUUCUUCUAGAACAUCCAUACAAAUAAGUUUACUAUAGAUCGCCACAGUGGUGUCCUUCGCAUCAAAACCGGGAUCACUCUUGACUAUGAAAAAUCCAGAACUUAUUUUGUUACUGUGGUGGCAAAGGUAUUUAUAUAUUCUCCUGAUCAUACUUUUCCAGCUGUGGGGAAAACUGUACAAGGGCAAGGAAAAGGACCCUUGCAGGUGAUAGAAAUGAUGUGAGAUCUAACAGGCCCGAAAUAGCUUGUGACAUCUAAUAUUUUCUCAACACUGGAUCUACAGUACUUCUGCCAGUCAAUCAAAGCAAUCCUCGAGAAGUCUUGCUAUGAUUUCUCCUGGGGUUUACAGUGAAGGACAUGGCCUGAGUAUCUUUCCGUAUUCUUGCCGUGCAAAGUUCUGGAGAAAUGGUUUAUGGCAGCCAAACAUAUCCAGCUUUACCAUAACAGAGUGAGUGGUAUCCUGCAGAGUCUGUGGGUGCAAGAUAUCUGUGCACAUUUUGAAAGAGAUGGUGAUGAUUGGGCAGGGGUGGACAAUUUCUCAUCUUGAGAAUGUAUGGACCUCCCUUAUUACAGAGCCAGGCCAAUGGCCCAUUUAGCCCAGACAGGUCCACUUUGUCAUUUGAAGGGAGACUGCAAUGGAAAAGUGCUGAAUUAAAAUACACCAAGAGCCUUGGUGUUAUCACUUGUGGACAGAACCAAAAUAUGUGUUAAUUCGCUUGCCAAUGCCAGGGUGUCUAUACCAGGGGUCAGCAACCUUUUUCAGCCGUGGGCUGGUCCACCGUUCCUCAGACCAUAUGGUGGGCCAGUCUAUAUAUAUAUAUAUAUAUAUAUAUAUAGGGGGGGGUGAACAAAUUCCUAUGCCCCACAAAUAACUCAGAGACGCAUUUUAAAUAAAACGACACAUUCUACUCAUGUAAAUACAAGCUGAUUCCCAGACCGUCCGUGGGCCAGACUGAGAAGGUGAUUGGGCCACAUCCGGCCCCCGGGCCUUAGGUUGCCUACCCCUGGUCUAUACUGUCAACAUUAAAAAUUACCACUGCCGUAUAUAUAAUUAUUGCUGUCUGUACUUUUCUGUAUCUUAUUUUUCUCUGACUGCACUUCUAAAUGCACACACCAACCAUAUUCCUGAAACUUAGCCUAAUGCUAAUAUAGACCAUGAAAACCUAUGUCGUAUUAUUUUCUUUUAUUUUUGAAAUCACUUUUAUUUAGUUUUACAAAUACAAAACCCAGAUAUAUAUCCAUAUAGAGAGAUUCCUUCGAAUCUCAGGACUUCCCCCCGCCCCCUUCACGGGGUCCCAUUUUGAACAUUUACAACUGCAUAUUCUUCCAUACUCUAAUUUUUAUAUCAACCCAUUUUGUCCAUUGUAAUUGUUACACUACAAGUGAAAUAAAAAUCCUGCCAAUGUUUCCAUCUGCUUACAGUGGUCUCCUAAAUAACUUAUAAUUUUUUCCUGUUCUUUUAUAAAGUUUUUGUCCUCUUGGUUUCUGAGUUUUCCAGUCAAGUUUUGCUAUUUUGGCAUAGUCCAUCAGCUUGCUUUGCCAUUCUUUUCUCAUAGGGACCUUGCCUUUUUUCCAUCUCUGAAAAGUUAUGUCAUACUAAUUGUGUAUUUAUGGUAUCACAAGCCCAUAUAUAGUACCAUUAUAUAUGUUUCAGUUAUCCCACAUAAGCUGGAAAUAUUAAGCGUUGUAACCAGCAGGUCUCUUUGUUGCAUUGCAAUCCUGUUGUGUAGUCAGGUGUGAUCCAUUGUUGUGGUUGCCCAUUUUUAACUUCAAGUCCAAUAAGAGCGGGUGAGGAGGAGCACUACUAUGGAUCUGGCCUCCUGGCAGUAGUGUUUCUGCUGUGUACUGGGAUGGCCGGCUUUGGCCUGGGCGGGCAGGAUAUAAAUAUUAUUAUUAUUAUUAUUAUUAGUCAGCAGCAUAGUUGGACGGUUCAAGUGCAUCAGUUAAGCCAAUCUGCUGGUCUUGCCUAUAUGGCCCAAACUUGCUACCUAUCCUUGCUGUUCUGGGAUAGCUCAGUCAGGAGAGUACAAGACUCUUUAAUCUCAGGGUUGUGGAUUCGAGCCCCAUGUUGAGCAAAAGAUUCAUGCAUUGCAGAGGGUCGGACAAGACGAUCCUCGUGGUCCCUUCCAACUCUAUGAUUUUCUGUGGCAAUGUUACCACCGCUGGGAGGCCAUAUCUACAACAGCAACCUUCCUCACCAUACACUCCUGUUUACUUUAAAAAAUAUUUGUGAACAAUAAACCUACCCUGCACAUCUCAGUAUGAAGGCUGGGUUAGACUCCUGUUCCCUGACAUCCUACUUUUCUGGGUUCAGGAAGUUUUAUACAUGAGAGAGAGCAUUCAGUCAAAAGGUUCCUCCACCUUCAUUCUGAACUUGGACAAUCCAAGAUGGACUGUUAUCUCAUUAUAUUUCUGAAUACCAUUUACAAGCUUUUAGACAUCAAUCUGUGUGGUGUGGAGGAGGAGGAGGAAAUGAAAUUGGGGUGUGUGGGGAGAAGAGAGUAAUAAUUAACUGAAAACAGAUUUGUGCAGAUCUGUGACUCCUUUGUACAAAUGCUUUGUACAUUCCAGUGUACAGGCCAAUUCCCCUGGCCCAAGAAAGGGUGGAAUGGACAUAGUGACUAUAUGAGCUAAAGGUUUCGGGGCAUAAUCUGGUUGUUUGUGUAGAUGAUCUCUAAAGUUCAAAGCCCUGCUCAGCCAUGAUGAUCACUGGGUGUUGAAAGGCUCCUCCUGGCUACAUAUGUCAAAUUGACUCUUUAAUUGCCUAUGUUGUGCCUGCAGCUCCAGCAGGAGUCAAUUCUCUCAUAGUCCAUAGAGGCUGUUUGCACUUUGAUUAUACCAUCACAAGGGAGUCUCUAAGGGACUCCAGUCCUCUGAUUUUUCCUUCAGAAAUAAUGUUGCCAAGAUCAGUGGGGUCUUACCAUCAUGUCAAGGCCUGUAUUUAAGGAUUCUGGGUAAAUUCAGCCUCUGGUACCCUAUAGGAGAGCGGAAUUUUCCGACUUAGCUACCCUUUGACCAGUUGAAGCUCAAAUCUGCAAACCUUUCAAAGAAAAGCAAACAAAGCAUAUGUGAUGGAUUUACCUCGGCUGAGGAACAAACAAGAGCAAUUAAAAAUAAAGCAAAAUUGAGAAAUGGGUAGAAGCAUUUUGUAUACUGCUGGAUUCAUAUUCCAAAUGAGUCAUUGAGAUAUUGCAAAUGGGUUGUUGGCAACAAGUGUUUGUUCUUUGCUUAUUGUAUAUUCUGCAGAGAGGAUAAAUUCAGAUGAAUUGGGGGCGAUACUGGCUGGUAAUUUGAUACCACUGAUAUUGUGCUGACACAGCGAAAGACUUGCAUCCAUGAGGAGCACUGCAAUAAAUCCUUGGUCCAGUGACAGUAACCGUUGUCACCUUGGGUGUGGUCCCCGGGGAAAAGCCUCUCUCCUUAGAAUCCUGGGGAUGUAGAAUCUUGGACACUUAAGGUCAGGCCUCCUCAGAAGUAGUUAACAGAAGAAAAGCUGAAAAUGAGGGGGGAACUUCCUAUGGUUCAGGAAAUGAGCCCCAUCUAUCUGUGCCAGAUCAGAUAUUUCCUAUUUUCAUCAGUUCUGGUGUACGCAUAAUUUUCAACAUGUCCAGUUAGUCUAUUCUACCAGGAGCAGAGCAAUUGUCAGGCUUCGGGGACCCUUUUGCCGUAGAUAAGCAGGCCAAAGUGAAAAGAGUUGCUUACCAUUUAAAGAGUCUUUAAUGAUCACAGCAAAAGACCAACACAGCUAUUCUUGAAAUGAUGGUGUUUCCAAUUAAGGUUUCCACCCACUUCCCCCCUCGUCAUUUCUGCGCCUUGCAACCUGAUCUUGCAACCAUUGUGCCUUUUGUGCAGCCACCUUAUCUCCUCUACGUGUCCUUGGACUGAUAGGCUGGACAGUCUCCGGUGUGAGAGAGUCUGUUAGCUCUAUCUCUUCCUGUUCUACUUCACUUUGCUGUUCAACCCCCAGUUCAUCCCAACUUUUGUCUUCAGAACUAUGCCCUUCUGCAAACCAUUGUUCCAAAUCUAUACUGUCCUCCUGCUCCUGGGUAGCUUCAGGAUCCAAAGGGAGGGGGAGGCUCCCACCAUUCCUCAUCAGAGCUGUACUUCUCAGCCUGGUCUCUCACUCCAAAUGAGUGGAGCACAUUUUGUGUGUGUGAAAUGCAAAGGGAUCCUAAGAUCUUGGAACUGUUUUACAUCCUAGGAUGGCGGCGGCAAGCUCCGUGGCAACAACAAGGUGUUCUCAGCCACAACCACUGUCACAAUCAAUGUGGAAGAUGUUCAGGACACACCUCCGAUGUUUGUCGGCACUCCCUACUAUGGAUAUGUCUAUGAGGACACUCUGGCCGUGAGUACCGCAAGAAUCAUUUCUUGUGCACCCUGCCAAAAUGAUGUAGCUUCUGCAACAAAUAACUGGAGGGGGGAGGAUGCAAAGUGCACAUGUGCAAGGGGAUUGCUGAUUUCCUUUCUGACAGUGAGUGCUCCCCACAAAAUGUCCAAGGUCCCUGGACCUUAAGGGGUCACUUUUCAGGUGAGUUGUCAGAAACUGGGCAGAGGAGGAAUGGUGGAGACUGCCUCCCCAGCCUGACCCUUUGAGAGGAGAAGAAGAUAGUUCAGAAUUACAUCAGGGGUUUGAGGGAGGUCACAGCUCAGAGGCAGAUGAGGGGGGAAGCUGGGAAAUAAUGGGAGAGGAGGAGGAAGAAGCACCAGAGGGGGGACAGCUGACAGACACAGUGUCUUUAGAAAGCAUUCCAGAACCCCCCUCUCCCAGAACCCGGCAAGCAUUGAAAGUAUGAGAGCAAAGAGCUCAAAGGCAAACCACUUUUCAGCACCUGUGGCGAGGAUGCAAGAGGAAGUGGGAGAGGUGGAGGGGGUGGAGACUCACUCAGAGCAAUGCCAUUAUUCUGAGAGGCUGCAUUCCAAGCCUCUCUCUGUGAAUAUUGAAUAAAAAGCAGAUGGUGAGGACUUUUCCUUGUCUUGUCCAUUCCUGGCAACCUGCUGUGGGUUCGGGUCCUCUGAUGCCUGACAGGAGUGUGGGCAGCUCCUGCUUCAAGAGGAGGCUGAAAUAUCCUUUCACCCCACUUUACGUGGAGUGGAUUAUAUGUGCACCUUUGGAUUACGCUUGAUGCUCAGAAUUAAUCAAUUAAAAUCAGAUCAUAUUGAAACUGCAUCAAGUUUCCCAAGUGUUUUUGGAAAGACGGUAGGCGGAAAGGAGAUGAACAAAGAGAGAGUUGAAGCAGACUGGGGAAAAACACGUACCAUAAAUGGCUUAGCAGAAGUAUUGCUUAGACAAGCCAUGUUCUUACAGAAUUAAUUUAUGAUGCUCAGAUAUAAUGGAGGGUUGUAGCAGGAUUAUACGCACACGUUGUCCCCAGCUAUUUGACUUUGCCAAAUGGCAAGGCCAAGCCUGCUUAAUGUCCAAAUUGAACUUACGUAGUACAUCCACUUGCAUUUUCAACCUCGGCAGAAAUCUAAGUUCAACCUGCAGGAGCUUAUAAGGUUUGGUUAAUCCUGGUUUAGCUUGUGCAAGUGGAUAUAAAAUUCUCCAGAGCUGAAGCGAGCUCAUAGUUUAGCUCUGUGGUGCUGCAACUUGCUGUUCAAAGCAUGUUUAUGGAGGCUUCUGCCUCCACAAUCUGCAGUUAUUUCUGUAGACACUGGUACUAUAUAUCAGUGCCCAUAUUGUUGUAGCCUGCCCAGUUAGAGGGCAGGAGAGAAUGAUUUUGAGGAAUAUUGGAGGUGUUUUUCGUGCACUUCAUAAUCCUUGGCAAUAAGAGGUGCUAUAAAGCUGUGAAACAUAAUAAUUUACUUUGUGCUGCUAUUAACCAAUGAUCUGGAAAUGCCUAUAAUUAUUAAAUACGCUGAGUUGUGUGUGGUUUUUUAUGGAGCUUACAGAGGAAAUCAGGGAUAAUUAAGCAUUAAUCACCUCCACUGUGAGCCCCAUAACCAAAAAUAUUAUCAUAUUAUAAUGAUGGAAAAACUCACCUCUUUCCCUGCUUAGUAUGUCAGAAACUCCACAUAGUAAAAUGCUCUUUCCAGGUUUACUAUUAUUUACAGAUCCAGGUGUUGCCCAUUAAACUUGCAAAGGGAGUGGAUUUUCAGGUCGAACGUUCUUUUCUCUUUUUUUAGCAUAUAGCUUUCUUAGCUAUUGAAGAGGAUUUCUUCCUAAAGCACUUUUCAAAGCUCUGCAAUUCCGCCCCCCUCCCCAAAGCUUUCUAAAUAAUUGCAGAAAGAUGUGUCUCACUCAUUAUAGUCCAAGGCAACUCUGAGAUGUGGUCAUCCCCUCCUAUCACUGAGCAAAAAGUUGCUGGUCCUUACUUCUUCCACCAGAGAUAUCGAAGCUCCUUGAUUUGUUUUCAGCUGCUUGAACUUGGUCUUGCCGCGUUCUCUGCUAAAAUACAUCAUAAAAAAAUAUAGAAAAGUUAUUCUCUGAGCAGAACUACAAAUACAGAACAGGACCUUUAGCUCCUCUCUCUUUAAUCAUUCACCAUAUCAUGCCGGUGAGCUUGUGUUUGGCAAGGCUGUUUGGAAGUAGAGUGCUCAGUUUAUAUUGUGUUGCCUGUCUACAUGGGGGAGAGCUGAUGCAUUAGGUUGGCUUGGAGUUAUAUUUUACAGCAGUUUUACCUCCCUGUGCUCCCUGUUUUCUUUCCCUCUUUCUCUCUCUCUCUCCAGGGUUCUGAGGUAAUAACGGUUGUUGCUAUUGAUGGGGACCGAGGGAAGCCUAAUGACAUUCAUUACCGUCUUAUGAAUGGUAGGUUUACUGGGUUGGUUUGAAAUCCUAAAGGAAUACCUAAAGCCAUCGAACUCACUGUUUAGUUUCAUAUAUGCAAGGAAGCCUAUCAGAUAUAAAAGAACAGGUAUACUUAAUAUUGCUUUGAUUUGCUGUAAAGCUUAUUAUUGAUUGAUUGAUUGAUUGAUUGAUUGAUUGAUUGAAUUUAUAUACUGCCCUAUACCCGGAGGUCUCAGGCCAGUUCAAAGAACAAAAUCAAGAUAUAAAACCACAAAAUAUAUAAUCAAAAUAGAUAUUCACUCUCACUGUGUCUAAGAAGGCACAAGGAGGUUCUAGGAGAGUCAAAAGCUUCUCCCAACAUGGUGCCCUUCAGACUACAAUGCCCUUCAGCCCAAUGGUCAGGGAUAAUACGAGUUGUACACAUCGGAAAUGGGCAUAUUGGCCUCUCUGGGACUCAGCUAUAAAACUGCAAAUGAAACAUUUAAAAUGUGUUGUAAAAUGCAAUAUACAAAUGCGACUCUAGAUGGCGACAGUAAGCUAUGCCAAAUCCGAUGUAUUUUUCAAAACUUUUUUUGGGGGGGUAAGCAUUUUCACAGCGUUUUGGUUUUUUUAUGUGUGUGUAGAUUCCACCCACGUCUGCCUGUAUGUUGGCAGGCCUGUUUCUCCUCUUUUAAUUUGGUUAUCCUCUUUGCAUUUGGUUAUGAGGAUUGUGAUGAUGAGUGAACCAAUUUUAAACCACUGGGCAGGAUUGCCGGUUGGCCAAGACUGUUGCAGGGAUGAUGCUUGAGAGCCGAGGGCCAGUUUGUGACAGAUCAUGGGGAGUACAAUUGUAUGAGAUAAGAUCUGGGUCUAGCAGUUCUUAGUGGAGACAGAAAGCAGUACAAUGCCAGUGGAGCUCUGAUGUCACAGUGGAGCUCAGAUAGACACGGGGUGACAGGAGCAAGGUUUUCCUUUUUUAUUUUUCAAUUUACAUUUUAUAUCGUCUUAAUGAAUUUUUUGUUAUACAGUCCCAAAUGACAAAGGUUUUCAGUCCAAAUGAACUAGCCUGCUUCCUUAACUCUGGCCCCUCCACACAGAGACUAUGUUUCUACUUUUACCCUGGACAGCCAAGCUAGACAUGAUAGAUUAAAUCCAUAUGACUGUCUUGAUUUUUGUUUUUAACUUAAAACUCUGUUAAUUCAAUCAGGGCAGUUUUGUUGGGAGGAGUUAGUCUAUUAUUUGAAGCUGCUAUUAGUGGUGGGGUUGCGGGGGGGGGGGGGAGCCAAGUACAGCAUGGCAUUAUCUGCAGAAUAUUUACCCUCAAACUAAGGAUUAUUUCACACGUAACUUCUAUCUUCAUAUUGGGAAAAGGACGCAUUUUGUAAUGUCAAGUACCUGGUGUGUGAAGGAUGAUGUUGACAGUGCCUUUUUUACCUGGAAUCCUCCUAACUGUACCUUUGGGAGAUAGCACAACCUGGCUAGCUCAGACUACAAGUGAUGGCAGCAGACUCUGUUAAUUUAAGUGCCUGCCGGCCCCAAUCACGUUAACAACAACAACAACAAUAAUUAAUUAAUUUAUACCCCGCCCAUCUGGCUGAGUUUCCCCAGCCACUCUGGGCAGCUCCCAAUCGAGUGUUAAAAACAAUACAGCAUUAAAUAUUAAAAACUUCCCCAAACAGGGCUGCCUUCAGAUGUCUUUUAAAAAUAAGAUAGCUGUUUAUUUCCUUGACAUCUGAUGGGUGUUCCACAGGGCGGGCACCACUACCGAGAAGGCCCUCUGCCUGGUUCCCUGUAGCUUUGCUUCUCGCAAUGAGGGAAGCGCCAGAAGGCCCUCGGCGCUGGAUCUCAGUGUCUGGGCUGAACGAUGGGGGUGGAGACGCUCCUUCAGGUAAACAGGACCGAGGCCUUAUAAAAAAGGCUGUAUAAAAGUGGAAGUUGUGGGAAAAGGGGGGGAAUGCAAGUGAGAAGAGAAGCAGGGGUGGAGGAAGGGGGUGCGGUGGGGGCAGACCACCCCAAGUGUCUUCACUGAGGGGGGUGACAUUUGGUGUGCCGCUCGUCCACGACUCCCAAGCCUACCCCGAGCUGUUGGGGGAAGGGGGGAGCUGUGUUGCUUUGCCAGCAGCAUUCCCCCCUCCCCCCUUCGUUUUGAGAGCCUUGGGAGUCCCGGGCAGGCGGCACACCGAAUGUCCGCCAUUGGUGGCUUGCUCCACCCUCGGCUACAGGGCACAUGUGCCACUCCAUGUACCCGAGCGGCUAUCCCGUGCCUGGGAGGGCAGCCUCCAAAUCCGUGCCCCCCUCGGGAGCGCACCCACCCUGGGCAGUGUGGGCAUAUGCUCUGCCACUGAAGAGCAGAACCUUCCUUCCUCACUUCCGCAGUUUAUCUCCUCACAGAUUGUCUCCCAGGUAUUGUUUUCUCCUCCCUGAAAGUCUUGCUUUCAGCUUUGGGGUCCAAACUGUGGGGGCCAGGGGAAGAGAGGUAUAGAACUGGAAUGGGAGAGUGCAGCUCCCUUCAUCUGCAUCCCAUUUUGCUCUUCAACCUCUCUCUCUCUCUCUCUCUCUCUCUCUCCGAAUUUAUAUGUGAUUGGGGCACACCCAGUUUCAAGGAAUAGGUUUUCUGCCGUUUGACUUUCAGUCGCUUUAUAAGAAUGACAUACGGGCACGCCUCAAUUCGUUCCAACAUUAAUUUGCGUUUUUAUCCGGUCUUUUCCAUUCCUCUGCAAUCAGUUAAUUUUGCACGUCUUAGGUUGCACUUCAUUAUCUGCCAAUGUGAAAAUACAGGGUGAGUCUUUUAAAAGAGGCCCUGUGGAACAUGUGUACUCUGUAUCCAUGGGGCCUCUUUUAAAGGACUCACCCUGUAUAUGCAUUUAAAUUGCUGUGGCUGUUUUUGCAUAGCACAAAACAGACACGCAUAUCAUGGCGAGUUAUUUAAACUACGAAUUACUUUCCUUACAUGUUGUAACAACAGAUGCAGGUUUUCUGCAUACUUGUUCUUCCACAAGCUUUUUGUACCAUCUCAGUCCCAUGUGAUGUUUCAUACCUGUUACCCAGUGGAAUUGUAGGAAGGUCUAUUAUUCUUAUUAAAGAAUAAAUAAUGCUAAACCAUUGAAAGGAAGUUUAUAUUUUAUAUGCUGGCAAAUCCUCCAGAAAACACAUGAUGGACCAUGCUCUGAAUUAUCUAUUUCUACAUAGCAAUUAGGCAGUGAAUAGCAUGAUAUAUGAUCACUUGAAACUCCUAUUGACUUCAUUUCCAUUGUAGUCAAGCUUUCCUUUUCUGCCCUAUGAAUCUUGAUAAUGGCCCUCCACAUAAGUCAAUUCGUGUUCAGUGUGAAGUCUAAUGCCUUCUAAUGAAGUCACAGUUAUUGCAGAUAUUAGCAAAAUGAGACAUUAUUGGACAGUUUUCAAAAUGAGCAUCAGUAUUAAAUUAGAGAAGGAAACAGAGAAGAAUAUUGAUUAUGUUUUCUUUAACUGGAUUUCCUACACUCCUAGUUUCAAACUAGGCUUGGCUAAGCUACAGAACGUGUUUCAUCCCCCGUAUGAAAAUUCUGAACACAUGCUGCACUCCUGUUGUACUGAACAUGUUGAACGCGCAUGCACCAGUCAGGGUCGUAUGCAUGCAGCUCUGGUCAGAAAACCAGAGGAUAGCACUGAUAAUUUUUUUGUCAGGUCUGUAGGGUAGGGGAACAGGGAACAGGGGCACUCAAUCUCCCUAUGGCAGUGCCCCAGAUGUUGCACUGCUUGAGAGUAGACCUGAGUCAGUGAGAUCUAAGGCCUGGGGUGAGAUUUCUGAGGGACAGGAGCUCAUGCUCUACUGUGGGUUCCCUAGUUUAUCUGUGCUAGGACAUGGGUGGUGCUGUGGUCUAAACCACUGAGCCUCUUGAGCUUGCCGAUCAGAAGGUCGGCAGUUCGAAUCCGCAUGCCGGGGUGAGCUCCUGUUGCUCUGUCCCAGCUCCUGCCAACUUAGCAGUUCGAAAGCACGCCAGUGCAAGUAGAUAAAUAGGAACUGCUGCAGUGGGAAGGUAAACAGUGUUUCUGUGUGCUCUGGUUUCUGUCACACCAGAAGUGGUUUAGUCAUGCAGGCCACAUGACCCGGAAAGCUGUCUGUGGACAAACACCUGCUCCCUCAGCCUGAAAGCGAGAUGAGUGCUGCAACCCCAUAGUCACCUUUGAUUGAACGUAACCGUCUAGGGGUCCUUUGCCUUACCUUUUACCUUUAUCUGCGCUAUGAAUAGGAGAGCAAACUGUAUGGAUGUCAUUUUGGAGAAUGCACUCAGAGAUUGCUGCCAGCCACCUUCAGUGAUGCUCUGGUGAAGGGAUUGAGCUUGAAGUGAAGGUACAUGUUUGCUUUUCGACUGCCUGGCCUUCACAACUCUAUCUCUCCCUUACAGUAUCCUGUUGCUAGGAUCAGAGGGUCAGAAAAUAUUCAAGCUGAGCUGAGGUUGCUGUCAGUGCCCAGGCAUGCACAAAGGCAUGCAUUGUGCCAGCACAUACAUGCACAUUGACAGCAAUGUAUGCUCAACUGCAACAAUUUCUGGCUGCACAUGGACCUGGGAUAGCUCAGUCGCUAGAGCAUGAGACUCUUAAGCUCCAUGUCAUGGGUUCGAGCCCUAUGUUGGGCAAAUGAUUCCUGCAUUGCAGGGGGUUGGACUAGAUAACCCUUGGACUCCCUUUCAACUCUACCAUCCUAUGAUUCCAUGCAGUGCUAUUUUUCUAGAAAAAGAGGUGCCAGAACUCACCACGAACACCACCUUUGUUCUAUUUUCAUGGCAAUGGCGCCCACCAGAGAGGUGCCGGAACUGAGUUCUGGCAAGUUCUGGCUGAAAACAAAUUCCUGAUUCUAUGAUUCUAGCAGCUGGCCAAGCGUAUAAUAUUUUGAUUGGACCAGUAAACUUAGUAGUAGCUUGGAAUCCUACCUGGUGCUGAACUUUGUCAGAAAUCUCAUGCAUGCCGUUCCUGUGUGUGCAUGAUUCCUUAUCUUUGUGGAAGCUUAACUCUGUGUGCAUAUGUCACUAGCUAGAUUUCAACCAAUUAUGGUAUGAGAGGUAAAAAUUGUAGUUGUUUAGAGAGAUGAUUGGAAGAGAGACUUCUUUUAUCCUACCCAUACUUCCAUGUAUGGCAGAAAUGGGGUUCUGUGUAACUGAGGACUAGACUCAAUAUUUUCUCUAGCACCUUCCUUUUUCUAUUUGGCUGUGAAGAAAAAAGAUGGUCACUCUUUCUCUAGGUCUGCAAAAUAUUCUGAUUUAUGUAUGUAUACAUCACCAAUAUUUAUUUGCCCCUUUUUGGCCACAUACAACUCAGCAAGCCAAUCCACAUUGGUCUGGUGCUGGUUCUAGAUUGGGUGAAUCAUGAGCAGCCCAGUUCUAGAAGACUAACUAGAUCUAAAAAUCAAGAAUUUAACACUUACAGCUGCCUCAAGUAGUCAUCAGGAAAAAACCCAAGCCUCUUGCAUGCCUCAUAUCUUUUCAUAUUUUUUAGAUUACUUGGAAGUGGAAUGUUUAACACAUAAGAUUCAAGGACUUGGGUUUGUCGCUUCCAUUGCCGUUGUUGUUGUUGAGCACUGAAUGCCCGAGAUACAAGGAACUGAGUUUGUGGUUGAGGCUGUUGUGUGUUUUUCAGAAACAUGUGCAGGAAAAGGAAUCUGUGAAAGUUAAACUUCUCACCUAAUUGAGCUUUGUGAGAGGUGUUUGCACUGUUGGAGGAUAUAAUUAUGCCCUGCAAAGAAAAGUGUUCUUUUUCAGCUUUUGCUUAUGUUUUGCAUACCCGAGCAAUACGGCAUUCAAAGAUAGAUACUGAACAUUUAAAGGGAAAAAUCUCUCACACAGAGAGAGCGCACCUUCUUCCAGAUCCUGUCUGGAGCACAUAUGCUUAUUCCUCACUGGUUCCACUCCCUUGUGACAUGAUCCAUUUCCACAUUGGUGGAGCCAACCACACAUGGAGGGAUUGGCGCAGGAAUGCAUGCAAGUAACCUGUACUAAAAAGGGAGGGUAACGUGGAACUGACUAUGGGAAUCUUGCACAGGCUUCUCAUUCCCAGCAAUGGCCCAUCAUGUGUGUUCAUGAAGGACAAAGAAAAGUACCAGGUUCUACUAAGCCCUAUGCUAACCCCUCUGUGCACAGAUGGCUCCACCAGCAAAAGGAUGGAUAAUUCUUCUUUCUUCUUCUUUGGCGAUCAUUCGUAGCCGAGUAAGAUUGUCUUCCAUGAACACUGUCUUAAAAGUGAGUCCGUAAGUGACUGUGGAGGCCAAUUCUGGAUCCAUACGUCCUUCCACAGUUGGGACAUAGGUUUCCAGGUGGGAGUUGAUCAUGGUGACGGUUUGCCAAACGUGUCUUCCUCUUAGCACAUUUCUCCCUUUCGUCCUGAGCUUGAGCGUCUUCAAAGUCCAUGACACCUUUGGAAAAGGCUGUUCUCCAACUGGAGUGCUCGUAGGCCGAUGUUUCCCAAUUGUCGGUGCUUAUUCUACAUUUUUUUAGAUUUGUCUUGAGAGAGUCUUUAAACCUCUUUUGUUGACCACCACCCUUACGCUUUCCAUUUUUAAGUUUGGAAUAGAAUAGUCACUUUGGAAGACGAUAAUUCAGCAUUCGAACAACAUGACCAGUCCAAGAAAGUUGAUGUUUGAAGAAUCGUUGCUUCCACACUGGUGGUCUUUGCUUCUUCCAAUACACUGGCAUUAGUAUGCCUUUCUUCCCAAGUGAUGUGUUGAUUUUUUUGUAACUCCUUGCUAUUUUGCAUUUCUGUGCUGUCACUUCAAACAGCAGAACCAUUUUGACUCACUGACCACCCUUUUUAGUAAACAAACUUGUUAAAUUUGUUUAUAUUGGCAUUUGUUGGUGGUUGGUAAUUCCCCCAGUAAGCAAGACAAGAUUGGUAUUUUAAAAGUAAUGGUGUCCAUUGCAAUAGCCUCUGUGGUAUACAAUCGACUCCAGAUAAGAUCCCCAAAGCGAUAUUUCCAUGAACAUGCAUCAGUAAGAUACAGGUUCAUAUGUACCUGUGUAUUUGCACAAGUAGGGUGUAAUCUACACACAUAUAAAAAACGCUGUGAAAAUGCUUUUUAAAAGUUUUGAAAAAUACAUUCAAUUUGGCACAGCUCACUGUCGCCAUCUAGUGUCACAUUUGUAUAUUGCACUUUACAACACAUUUAAAACAUUUCAUUUGCAGCUGUGUAGAUGAGUCCUGGGUCUCUUAAACAGCAGGUCACAUGUUCAGCAUGGUUGGGAAGCUAUUUUCAAUUAAUAUAACUUCCCAGUACUCCGGGUAUGGCCAGUAGUUGCUCUGCACAACUAGUUACCUCUGACUGCAACUGGAUUUAAGUGGAUUCUUUUUGAGGGGGCUGGAAAAUUUGACAGGUAUAUUUCUGUUUUGUAACAGGAAGUGAAGGCUCGUUUGAAAUAAAUAACGCAACUGGAGCCAUUUCUGUUAUUAAAAGCCCAAAUCAGCUGAAGAAAGAAGUAUAUGAACUGAAAAUUCAGGUAUUUGUCUUACUCUCCUGCUAUAAAUGUUUCCUCUUACCACUUCUGAUGGAUCUGCAGUGUGCAGAAUUUCAACUAAUGCAAAUGUAGUGCCCUCUUUACAUAGGAGAAUUGAUGCAUAUUGCUGCUUUCUGCUAUGAUACCAUUUAAAAAAAAACAAUUUUCUCUGUCAACGCCAACUCUACCCAAAGGGUAUGGUGUGUUAAAGAGAAAAGAACUGGAUUCUUUAACUAGGUAACCAGACAGGUAUGCAUUAUUCAAGUUAUGCAAAUUUGUUCACAUAUGUACUAUGUAUUAUGGCUAAACCAUAGGUUAAGCUGUCAGAUUUUUACCAGAGACUGUGAGGCAAGGGACUAAGCCAAGAGUCAGGGAGGAAUGCACAGAAACAUACCAGAACUAGGAAGUCCUUGUUGGUCAGGAAGCCUUUUGGAGUUCUUUCUGUCCAGGAGGACCAAAUGGUCAGAGUAGGUCUGAACUCGAGAAAUAUUUCAUUGUCAGCAAUGUGUUCUAAUAUAUAGGGCAACUGCAUACAGAGCUGACAGUUCCUCAUUCUAGCUGAGUAUGCUUAACACUGUGCAAGGCUGGGGCUGUGGGAAGUCAAAUCUGGACCUUCCACCUCUGGUCAGCCCUGAGGCCAAUGGUGAAGAGCUGACGUCGCUGAAGUCUCAAAUGAAACCAGCAAGAUACUGAUAUGAUCAAACUCUAGAAUUGCAUGAUGGAUGAAGCAUCGUAAGCAGGAGGGAAAGCCCAUGCAAAUCCAUUUCUUAUUCACUACAGGCUUCCGAAAUCAGCCCGGAGGGUGAGGCGACUGCUCACGCCUUUGCCACGGCAACCAUACGAGUUGUGGACCUCAACAACCACCCGCCGACGUUCUAUGGAGAAAACGGGCCUCAGAACCGAUUUGAGCUCACAAUGUACGAGCAUCCGCCGGAGGGCGAGAUUCUGAGAGGCCUCAAAAUUACCGUCAAUGAUUCAGAUCAGGCCAGUGUGGUGUUUUUGUUUUGUUUUGUUUUGUUUAUCUCUCCUUUCUUGCCUCUCUCUUAUACCUCCAUUCUGGGCCAGCCCAAGACAUUUUUGCACUUGAGGUGAACCACAAAAUGCUUCCUCCCUGCCAGGGAAGAUCAGGGGGCAGGGGGGAUAAAGAUCUACACCAGGAUCUGCUGCCCCUGUGGAUCCUACCACCUGAGGCAGUUGCCUCAUCUUGCCUCAUGGGUGGGCUGACCUUGAUUCCAUAAACCUUUUGUUUUAAGUAUCACAGCACUGAAAACCAGGUGAUGGUGACAGCCAACAAUCCAUUGUCUUCUUGUCCUGCUUGAUUUCCAGGGGCAUAUGACAUUUGUGUCCUUGAAACAAAAUGCUGUUAAUGGAUGAAUAUUUUGUUUGAUUCAGCAAGCCUUGUCCUCUUAGUUUGACUGGGUCAUGCCCUUUCUUUAUUGCAUUAUUGCUGAUUUAUUUAAUCAGCCAAUGGAGAUAAUAUUCCGUGCUUCCCCACUUAGUUUUUAGUUUUUAUUUUAAAAAAUAGUAAUUCUGGUCCCGGUCUUUCUGGAGCAUUGUUAAAGCUACUCUACUAGAGCCUUAUUUUGGAAAAUAAGCACUCUACCCCAUAUGCAGUGAGCGCUGCAUUCUUUAACUAGAAGAAUGGGAUUCCUUUAGGUUCAGUACAGUUUAUUUUAUGUGGAAACUGUGGCAAAUGUUGCUAAGGAAACCUCUGUAAUAGCUUCCACCUGAGCUAACUGGAGAGGAAAAGUUGAGGCCUGAAAGUUUAAUACCCAUGAAAGGACUGCAAUUAUUGAAAAGAAAAUCUAGUCCAUCAACAUGUAGCAUAUACUCAGUGUUGUGCUAACAUGGUUGCAUUCUGCUCUAUAUAAAAGUCAGCAGGUUCCCUGCCAGCCUGCUGCAAAGGGAUAAGUAACUACUUCUGAGGCAGCCAGCCUCGUAAUUGCUGCUUCUGCAGUUGCGGAAGGCAGCAAAAUUUAAAUUAACUGCUUACUAAUAUUAUGGAGCAAGCAGAGACCAGCCAAAAGUUGUCACGGCCUGUAUAUUUUGCACAGAUCUUUUGUUUGCCAUGUUCUACUCCCCUUCCAAUCACAAGGAAACCAAGCAAUUUUCUUUUGAGCUUCAAGAUUGCUUUUUAAUUUAUAUUUAUAUUUCCAGUCCCUAUCCGAAAUUGAUCUCUGGUUCCACCUGCACCUGUUUGUUUCUCACUGGAGCUGUCUUUGGGUGUUCAAGGGGAAGGUUUAGCAGCACUCACUGGUCCCAACCAGUGUGCAUUGUCUACUACAUAGGAGGACAUCAGGCUAGCCAAUAGGAUGCAUGGCAGACCAUAUAGUAGUAGCAGCAGUAUUAUUAUUAUUAUUAUUAUUAUUAUUAUUAUUAUUACCCUGCCAGUCUGGCUGAGUUUCCCCAGCCACUCUGGGUGGCUCUCAACAGAAUUAAAAGCACAAUAAAACAUCAAAUAUUAAAAACUUCCCUAAACAGGGCUGCCUUCAGAUGUCUUCUAAAAGUCAGAUAGUUGUUCAUUUCCUUGACAUCUGAAGGAAGGGUGUUCACAGGGUAGGCGCCACUACCAAGAAGGCCCUCUGCCUGGUUCCCUGUAGCUUCAAUUCUCAUAGUGAGAGAACCACCAGAAGGCCCUCGGAGCUGGACCUCAGUGUCUGGGUUGAAUAAUGGGGGUGGAGACGCUCCUUCAGGUAUACAGGACCAAGGCUGUUUAGGGCUUUAAAGGUCAGCACCAAUACUUUGAAUUGUGCUCAGAAACGUACUAGGAGCCAAUGUAGGUCUUUAAGGACUGGUGUUAUAUGGUCUCAGUGGCCACUCCCCGUCAACAGUCUAGCUGCCUCAUUCAGGAUUACUUGUAGUUUCCGGGUCACCUUCAAAGGUAGCCCCAUGUAGUAGUUCACGUGGGAGAUAACUAGAGCAUGCACCACUCUGGCGAGACAGUCUGCGGACAGGUAGGGUCUCAGCCUGCAUACCAGAUGGAGCUGGUAGACAGCUGCACCGAACACAGAAUCGACCUGCACCUCCAUGGACAGCUGUGAGUCCAAAAUGAUUCCCAGGCUGUGCACCUGGUCCUUCAGGGGCACAGAUACCCCAUUCAGGACCAGGGAGUCCCCCACAACUGCCUGCCCUCUGUCUCUCAGAAAGGUGUAGUGACUUAUUUCCAGAGCAGCAACCAUAUUAAUCUGGAAUAAUAAUAAAAAUACCUGUGCUACCAACCUAAGGCCACUCCCAGGACUUUCUUAGCAGAAGGAGGGAUGAUAUUCAAGCACGUCCCUGAUCAAAGUAUAUGGAGGUGUACCUUGUACCUAAAAUGACCCAUAUUUAGGUAAUCGGGUCAUUCUGAAUGUUCAGCAUCUCAGAGUCUACCUUCCAGAUUAUUCUCACACUUAGCCAACCUAAACUAGGUGCUCUUCCAGUGUGACUAGAGGAAUAAGCAAGCUCCCAAAUCUAUUUUUAUCAAAACCACCGACGUCUUGUGAGCCAAAGCUUGGGGAGAUUACUUCAGAAAGCCUCUUAGUUCUCUCUCAUCCAGUAGCUGCUGAAUUGAAGAUACUAAGCAGUCGUUCUUGCCCUCUCCUCUUAUUCUCUCCCCCACAUGUGGAAAAGGAAAUGCCGACUCUAUCCCCCAAUUUCUACAUGUUGUACAGGGUUCCAUGAUAACAGCAGAGUUCCUGGUUGUGAAUGCAGGACCUCCUCAUGUUCGCUUAUGCAAGCAUAUUUUCCAUUUACUGUGCAGAGAUGGAUAGCUGGCCAUUUAUGUCAAGGAUAAAACUACCAAUAUUGAUCCCACUACUCCCACAUUUAUUGCGGGAAGACUAGGAUUCUUUUUACACCUACACACACACGCAUGUGUCUCUUCUGUAAGGAAAUCAACAGUACUGGGUUAUAUGCUAUGAUACAUUUGUCAUUUAUUUUUUAAUGCCGGCUCUUUCUUCACAGGGGGCAAAUGCGAAAUUCAACCUCCGGCUUGUCGGGCCAGGCGGCAUUUUCCGCGUUGUCCCUCAGACUGUGCUGAAUGAAGCGCAGGUCACAAUCAUUGUAGAAAACUCAGCUGCCAUUGACUACGAAAAGUUCCAGGUCUUCACCUUCAAGGUAUUGUAACUUCUGCCUUCGUACUAACUUCAUUCCUGCAUUGCCGUUCCGAUCGUUCAUCAUGAGCUGGAGCACAAUCUUCUGAAGCGGGGAGUCUCUUGCCCUGGCUGACUCUCCCUCGGUAUUUUAGAACCCUGUUCUAAAAUGUGCAAGAAGCCUCUGUGGGUUUACAGCAGGCUUCCUCCUUCAGAAAAUUGCCCUCCAAUUCCUGAAGGAGGAUUGGAAUGGCGACCGGGGGGCGCGCGUGGGGGAAUCCUGCAUCCAAAAUACUACGCAAAGGGUUAAAGCUGCAGCAUAGAAUCUUGAGAUGUCAUAUAUACAGUGCUUUUUUUCCUGGGAGGACACAGGGGUACGCAUACCCCUAAACAUUCUGUGAAUCUUUGUCCUUUUGUCCAUUUACUGUAUUUAUUUCCCCCGAUUUGAAUUACAAAAUGGUGAUUUUCUUGAGUCAAAAUGAGAGUACCCCUAAACAUAUUUUUUAAGACAAAAACACUGCAUAUCAUAUAUAUACACUGAAAAACAAUAAACCGGGUGGUGAUGCAACGGCUACUUCAACAGACAAGAUAACAUCACCAAGGCAACUAUCUGUAAACAAACAAUAAACGCCCCCAAAAUAGUUUUUCAUGCCGCUAAAAUUAUAGAAGCCCUUCCGAAGUGUGUCCCUUGGCUCAUUUGCAAGAGCCACCUCAACCUACGCGAUUUGCAAGUAUCUUGCUGUCUUAUUUAUGACUUGUUUGACCUCUCUAUUUGCGGCAUACAGUGUUCUGGCUUGUGUCGGAGGGGGAGAGAGAGGUGAUGUGUGGAUAUUUCUGCCUCAUGGGAAAGGGCUGGAUUUGAUGACUGUGUGCUCCAUUUGAGCCCUGUCAAGGCCCUUGCCUGUUUAUUUCAUGGGGUGUUUCAUCCAAGAGGUGCACAUGGAACACAACCUAUAAUUAUUCCUGUUACAACUAUAAAAUUCUCAGAAGGUUAUAAAGCACUGCCCAAGUAUGCAAGGUAAGGAAAUUACAAAGCGUGGCCUCAUGAAUACUAAUAGAAUUCAGCAUGAUUAAGAGCACCGCUGUAAACACCAAAGGAAGUAAUUAAAAGAGAAAAGUGUGUGUUUCUUUUUACUUGAGAAAUUGUACACUUUGUCUCUGAAAAAUGGUUGUUGUUGUUGUUGUUGUUGUUUGCAAGUGAUUGAAGAUAAACAGCAAAGGGCUUUUAUACAACAUUUUAAAGCCCUUUUAUAAAUUCCAAAUUCAUUGGCAACAAAGAAAGGCAGAGAUGCGUUCACCAUGGGUGCCAGUACAGUUCUCCACUGACAUUAUUAUUAUUUAUUUAUUUAUUUAUUUAUUUACUGCCAUUCAUCCGAGGAACACAAUGCAAUUUACGAUAUAAAAACACAAAAAUGCACAACAUACUAACAAGCAAAAACAAUAACACCCCAACCUCGCCACACACAGUUUGCCAUAAAUUGUUUACUUGGUCAAAGGCCUGGGAGAAGAGGAAUGUUUUUGCCUGGCAGCUAAAGACAUGGAGACCAGAUUUCCACAUGAAAUCGUACAUUCCAAAUGUUUUGCUGUGUUGGUGUUGCCUUCAAUGGUUCGUUAUCUGACAUAUCUAAGAUAGCAGGCCUGUUGUUUUCACCCAAGAGCAAUGGAAUAUACAAAGUUAAUUUUAGAUAACCUUUGUUUUAUGCCGGUGCCCGAUAUUUGAUUAUUCUUAGCGGAGGGAAUGAUUAACAGUCUUUAAUAGGCAUAUUACCAUCUAUUUGCAGCAGCUUUCGAUUCAAGCUGUUAGCAAUAUUUCAGAGACAGAUUUGGAUUGGGUCCUUGGGCAUUUGAAUGGGGGGGGGAGGAAUAGUCACCUCUGUCUGCUGUCCCUGCAUGUUCUCCCGGGGGGGGGGGGGCAUGCUGAUGCCCACUUUGAUUCAUUACCUUGCUAUUACUCCAGAUGACCUCCUUGGCUCUUGACUCUGCUAAUCUUUAUACUGUAUUCAACGCAUGGUCUUCAGGAGGCAUGUGAACAUCCCUGUGGAAGUGGCCAAAUAAGAUUCCCAGAGACAUAAGGCAGCCCAUCGCUCCAUCUUGCUCCAUGUUCUCUUUGAGGAAUUGCUGGACGCAGAAUAAUAAAAUGUUGGCUUUAAGUUAGUCACAAGAAUAAUACUCAGGUUACAGGGAACCAGGCAGAGGGCCUUCUCGGUAGUGGCACCCGCCCUGUGGAACGCCCUCCCAUCAGAUGUCAGGGAAAUAAACAACUGCCUGACUUUUAGGAAGCAUCUGUAGGCAGUCCUGUUUAGGGAAGUUUUUUAUGUUUGAUGUUUUAUCAUGUUUUUAAUAUUCUGUUGGGAGCCACCCAGAGUGGCUGGGAAGGUCUGGCCAGAUGGGCGGCGUAUAAGUAAUAAAAUAUUAUUAUUAUUAUUAUUAUUAUUAUUAUUAUUCACUUCUCAUAAGUGUAUCCCACUCAUAUCCCCCCCACACACACACAGUUUAACGUCUUCAUGCCUUAGCCAAAUAACCUGUUCUGGUGUAUUGAUGUUCAAGAUUGAUUUGUUUUCAUUUUAUUCUGCUUUAUUGGUUUCAUUUUAUUCUGGGUUGCUAGUUGCCAUGUAGUUUUCUUGAGCAUCGCCAUCAAGAUCUCAACAAAGAAGGAAUGCAACAGCUCUUCUUAUGUUCUUUUGUUCUGCUUCCUUCUUUGGUGGCAAUGCUGAUGUUCCAUCGCCAUUGGCUGAAUCUCUUUGAUUCAGGAUGUGCUGAAAACUUGAGUCCUUCCCGUGGUUAACGAAAUGAUAUACAGGCAGCACACAGACAUGGCAAUGCCAUAAGGGAUUUAUACUCAGAUUUUUGCAGUCAUUUGAAAAUUAACUUUUUAUUAACGUAACAAUGACGGAAUUCCAACUUUUGUGAGUUCUGUUCUUUUCUUUUCUUUCUUUCUUUCUUUCUUUCUUUCUUUCUUUCUUUCUUUCUUUCUGUUCCAUGUGGAAUAUGUUCGGUUGAUGGGAUUCUCUAUCAUCAUUAUUAGCCAUAACACAAAUUAGUCAGUUCCAUAUAAAAUAGCUGGGCUCUGUAGAAGCACAACUGUUGGAUUUUGCAUGAAUUACUAGCUCGUAAUUUCUCAAUUACCUCCUUAGCUUCUUGCAAUAGAAGUUAACACACCUGAGAAGUUCAGUUCAACAGCAGAUAUUGUGAUCCGUCUCUUGGAUACGAAUGAUAAUGUCCCAAAGUUUUCAUCUGAUUACUACAUCGCGAGGAUCCCAGAGAAUUCUCCUGGCGGCUCCAAUGUUGUGGCUGUAACGGUAAAUUUUAUUCAUUCCUCUACAGCCAUGCUCUGUUGGACUUAUAAUUCUGUGUAGUUCCAUGAGUCUCUCGAUAUCUGUAAUUAUUGCCCCUGGGAGGAGGUGAGGAUCUAUAUAUGCAGAAACUGACAAAAAAAAAUAGAAUAAUAGAAUCACAGAGUUGUAGAGCUGCAUCUCUCAUGAGUCUAAGCACAGACGCAAGCUAGGAUUGCUUUUUAGAAUUUGAAUUUGAAUUCACCAUAGUCUUUAAUUCUGCACAGAGCAAUGUAGGCUGGAAUUUGCUCUGCUGAGCAAGGGUGUGUUUCUUAAAUUAAAUUAUAGUUUGUCAGUAUCCACACGAAUAAAAUAAUAAUGCCACCACUUUAAAACUGUACUGAAACUACUUGAUAGAUGGUUUGUCUGUCCAAGCUAAGUCUAUCCUCGGAUUUUUUCCCACGUUUUACAACUUCAGAAUAGAUGGCUGUUUAAAGCGGGGGUGGAUAAACUGGGCCCUUCCAGAUGUUGCUGGACUCUGUAGACUAUGCAGGGACCCCAGGAGAAUAUUCACACUAUAAAUUGAUAUUAACACCAGUCCUGAAAGACUACAUUGGCUCCCAGUACGUUUCCAAGCACAAUUCAAAGUGUUGGUGCUGAUCUUUAAAGCCCUAUAUGGCUUCAACCCAGUAUACCUGAAGGAGUGUCUCCACCCCCAUUGUUCAGCCCGGACACUGACUUCCUGCUUUGAAGGCCUUCUGGCGGUUUCCUCACUGCGAAAAGUGAAGUUACAGGGAACCAGGCAGAGGGCCUUCUCGGUAGUGGCACCCGCCCUGUGGAAUGCUCUCCAAUCAGAUGUCAAGGAAAUAAACAACUAUCUGACUUUUAGAAGACAUCUGAAGAUGGACCUGUUUAGGGAAGUUUUUAGUGUUUGAUCCUUUAUCACUUUUAUUAUUAAUAAUAAUAAUAUUCUGUUAGGAAUCGCCCAGAGUGACUGGGGAAAGCCAGCCAGAUGGGCAGGGUAUAAAUAAUAGAUGACGAUGAUGAUGAUGAUGAUGAUGUAUCUUCUGGAUUAAUGUAAUUCCCACUGAUGUUAUUCCCACCAAAGUGAACAGGACAAACUUGGUUAGGAUUGCACUACAAACUAUACUUCCUAUGAUUUUGUAGUGGAAGAUAUGAAAGUUAACUGAUAGGAAACCACUGCUUCUGCGCCAAAUAAGCCAUUGGAGAGAACUGAACCUUUCUGCAUAGCAUGCUUUCUUCAUCUCACACAUUGUUUAGCUUAAACUAGAACAGCUAAGUGGAAAAUAAAACAUGGCUAGAUGAUUGAUUUUCUCCCGUAUUUUCUAGGGGCCCAAUCUGCACAAUGCCUAGAUAUUUUCUUAGCAGAAUAAUAUGCUCAGAAAGAGGAUCAUUUCAUCAUUUUUCAAGUCCCAAACUUUAAUGGUGACAUGUAUCUCAAGUGAGGGGAGCCACCCAGUGGCCCUGCUUGGUUAUGCUGCUAGUACAGAGGUGGAAUUUUUCACCUUUUCUUUCUGUGUCCUUUGCAGGCCUGAUCCCGAAGUUUACUCUCUCUCACACACACAUCUCUUAGCGACAUCCUCUCCCAACACCUUGCAAAUGGAUGCAGAUUAAUUGACAUGACUCUUGCCUGCCGUGAAAUUCGGCUUACCCCCGCCCUGCCACAAACUUUCAGUUGCACAUUUUCAUCUCUAAAUAUGUUGGCGGCAGAAGGGUGGGGAGAUAGAAGCAGUUUGUGGUGGCCAUUUGGGGUGCUGACCUUUAAAGCUAUAAAUGGCCUCAGCUCAGUAUACCUGAAGGAGCAUCUCCACCCCCAUCGUUCAGCCCAAACACUGAGGUCCAGCUCCGAGGGUCAUCUGGCAGUUCCCUCGCUGCGAGAAGUGAGGUUACAGGGAACCAGGCAGAGGGCCUUCUCGGUAGUGGCACCCACCCUGUGGAACGCCCUCCCAUCAGAUGUCUAGGAAAUAAACAACUUUCUGACUUUUAGAAGACAUCUGAAGGCAGCCCUGUUUAGGGAAGUUUUUAAUGUUGUUAAUAUUCUGUUGGGAGCCGCCCAGAGUGGCUGGGGAAACCCAGUCAGAUGGGCGGGGAAUAAAUUAUUAUUAUUAUUAUUAUUAUUAUUAUUAUUAUUAGACUGAAAAGUGAUGAAGCACCCUCUUUCACCUUGGCUACUUCUGCCCUACAAAUCCCAUUCCCAAAGCUGCAUCCCCCUAGGGAAAGUAGCCUUCUGGUUUUUGCUAUUUUCCAUCCUCAAUGUGACCAAUUAUGCACGUCAUGAAAGUCUGCUUCGUUUCUGUUUUAAUCCAUCAGUACCCCUUUCCAUUUUCUUCUUAAGGCAACAGACCCUGAUUCAGGACUUUGGGGUGAAAUGAAAUACUCCAUUUAUGGAACUGGUGCAGAUCUGUAAGUUUAAACAUACAUAUGGAUAUAUACAUAUUUUUGUUUAAGGGUGUGUUUUUUUAAAAAAAACGUUUGCAUAAUUUUUAUUGCUAUUAGCAAAUGAAUGAGAGUAAUGUUCUGUCUGAUGCAUCAAAUUCAAACAUGAUGAAAUUCAUUCUUAAAGGGGAUGUAUAUCUUUUUCCUGGCUGUUUCACACCAACAGUGUUCUGUUUCAAGCAAAGCAAUAUGUAGAGGACCAAACCUCCAGGUUCUUCCACAUGAACCUAACAAUAAUGCAUAAAGGAAGAAUAGAUUGUGGAAAGGGUGUUGCUGUUUUUCAUUUUAACGUUUGCCGUUUUAGUGUGUGCUUUUCGUUUGUUUUGAUGUAUGGAACUGUGUGAAACCGAUGGAGUGAGCCGCCUUGAGCAACUGUGGGUUGUAAAAGUUUUGCAUAAACAAAACGUAAAAGCAUAAAAAAUUGGGAUCGGGAGGAGCAAAUGAUUUUAAGGGGGAUACCAAAUAAAACUGCAUGCAAUUCAAGAGAUGUGCCACUUAGGGGGCAGCAAAUAAAUCUGAGGAGGUUAUCAAUGUAAACUGCAUGUCGUUCAAAAGAUGUGCCACUUAUAAUCUCCCUUCUGGAAUACUGUAAGGCCCCCUGGAGCCUAAUAAAUCUCUCCAUCUGGCCCUCUGAACUCUCCUCAUACCAAAAAUCUGGCCCACAUCUAGGCCCCUUCCUUUUCCUGCUUCGCAUCAUAUUUUGGUGCCUUCACCUGACUGGAAAUCUCCUCAAACUCUGAUUUAAAAAGGACCUGAAUGGUUACGUCCAGUCAAAGGCAACUAUUGGGUGAGGCACUCAUCUCAAUCUCAAGCCCAGGGAGCCAGUGUUUGUCCACAGACAGCUUUCUGGGUCAUGUGGCCAGCAUGACUAAACCACUUCUGGUGCAACGGAGCACUGUGACGGGACCCACAACUCACGGAAAUGCCAUUUACCUUCCUGCCGCAGCGGUACCUAUUUAUCUGUUUGCACUACCGUGGUACCUCGGGUUAAGAACUUCAUUCGUUCUGGAGGUCCGUUCUCAACAUGAAACUGUUCUUAACCUGAGGUACCACUUUAGCUAAUGGGGCCUCCCACUGCCGCACAAUUUCUGUUCUCAUCCUGAAGCAAAGUUCUUAACCCGGGGUACUAUUUCUGGGUUAGCAGAGCCUGCAAACUGAAGCGUCUGUAACCUGAAGCAUCUGUAACCCGAGGUACCACUGUAGUGUGCUUUCGAACUGCUAGGUUGGCAGGAGCUGGCACAGAGCAACGGGAGCUCACCCCGUUGCGCAGAUUUGAACCGCCGACCUUCUGAUCGGCAAGCCCAAGAGGCUCAGUGGUUUAGACCACACGCCACCUGCAUCCCUUAGAACUCUGAUUAUCUCCACUGAACUGGGGCUUCAGGUAAGUGGUAUUUGCUGCCCAGCACAGCCAUAUCCUGGUCCUGGGAGCCAUUGUUCUUCCAGCACAUCCAUGGGCAGCAAAUACCACUUACCAUGGACAACGAAAAGGUUUGGAUGGACCCUGAUAAAGAGUCAGAAAACCAUGUGCUUUUUCCUCCAGUUCUGAGCCACAUUUCCUAAGUGACCUUGAAAAACCUCAGUGUCUCCUGCAUUGCAUGCAGAAUAUAUAUAUGACAGCAACAACAUUUAAGCAUCUCCUUUAGAUAUUUCUCCCCUCUUUUAGGAUGCUGUUAAGCAAUUCGUGGGAUGGGCUGUCUUUUUGGUUGCACCUGAAAAACUCAAGGCACUUCUGCAAGAGCAGAAUUCUAAUAGUAUUUCUCUGUCUUCACGAACAACCUUUUGAAUAUCUUGCCCUUUGCAUUUGCAGAAAGUUGGGCACAAAUAGCAGAUCCCUGGUCAUAACUCUAAUACCCAGCAAAUGGUCUCAAAAGGAAUUAGCAAAAAUAAUUAGAUUUUUAAUUACUUCCAAUAUUUACACCGACUCACUGGGCAUGAAAAAAAAACAAUAAGCAAUGUUGGUUUUUAAUUUCUGCUUGGGACAUUUUACAUUAGGAGGUUGUUAUUACUGUUGUUAUUGGGCUGAAUCCAAGAGUUGGGUUGGGCCAUUUUUCAGCAAUUUUGUAGGGGUUCUGGGAAGUUUAUUCCACUUACUGAUAUUCCUGGUUGCCAUAGCAAUGGUUCUGUGUGCUACUGGACCCCCUUGUUGUCUUUAUUUUACAAUUAAGCCAAUCAGAGUAAUGGCAGGACACAUUGCCCUCAUUCUGAUUUGGCUUUAUUAUGAAGCCAAUAUGGAGUAAGGGCAGGAAGAGGAGUUGGUAGCAAAAAAGAAAAGGUGAGAGCAGGGGCUUGUGAAAUAAUAAUAAUAAUAAUAAUAAUAAUAAUAAUAAUAAUAAUAAUAAUACCCCACCCAUCCCCAGCCACUCUGGGCAACUUCCAUUACCCCCAAAUAAUUUUUGAGUAAAAUAAGUUUACUCGAGAAUUUAUGACUUGGCCUUGCUAUUGGAAAAGUCAAAGUGGUGAGGGGACCCCGGAACAUUUAGCACUAUCUUGUGUUUUAAAAAAGGCACCCCCAAAUCAUUCAAGCUGCAAAUUCAUAGAAUCAGAUUUCACAUUAGCAUCUUUCAAAUAAAUUCAGUCCGUCGUUUGAAAUGAUUGGUAUAUAAUGUAUGACAAAUAGUUUUGCUCACCUGCUGCCUUCAGGGUGUGUCUGUGUGUGAUGAAGUUGCAGUCUUACACUCAUUUAAGCAAAGAUUUUCAGACUUUCCUACUCUGAGAUAGUCUAAAUGUACCUCAGAGCUUGAGGAGCAGAGCUUAACUCCCUUUAGAAGCAGAAGGAAAUAAAUUCUUCUCCCCUUUCUUGUUUUAUAAGGGAUCUAAUGCAGCGUUCAGCCAAACUAACCAACAGCCAAACGUUGCAUUCAUCACACUUCCAUUGCUUGCGUGCUGAAAGUCUCUGUGUUGUUUUAUUCAGCGCAUGACACAAUACAUUGUUCUUACAAACUGCACAACUGCGCCAUUCUCCCUUGUUUCAGCGCAGGGGGACUGAGUGGAAAUCCACCGCACUGUGCUGUUCAAAAAAACAAGGGACACAUCCAAACUGGAUUAAAAAAUAUGAAACUUGAAAUGCCAGGCAAUCAAUUUACCCACCCCCUAAUUUUUUCGCCAUAUUCAAAGGCUCCAGAGACCUUGUAUAAAAAUAGUAUUACAUCUAUACAUAUCCAUGUUACACUGGAACUGAUUCCCGCCCCCCUCCCUCUCUGUUUUGACUUUUGCAGAUUUGGAUUUAAUAUUAUUAUUUGCAUGCAGAUAUAUAUAGAUACAAAUAGACACACACACACACAGAGAGAGAGAGAGAGAGAGAGAGAUGGCAUGCCUUAAGCCUCUCUUUGGCAACCCGUUGCCCCCCCCCCCAUGCCUGUUGUUGAAGUGCAGCUCUCAUCAGCUUCAGCAAGCAUGGCCAAUGCUCAGGGAUUUAUUUAUUUUUUUGUUAGGGGAAGUUAAACCAAAAUAUCCAAUGGGCAGCAAGUAAUGCACACGCACACACUCCUCUGAGCAGUUUUCAACUCUUGUGGGGGCUUCUAAAAUAUGUUGAAGUAUGGUGAAGGGUGAAAGCAUAUACAGAUCAACAGAUAACAUGAACUUUUAAAUAUAUAUAUAUAUAGAGAGAGAGAGAGAGAGAGAGAGAGAGAGAGAGAGAGAGACUAGUGCAAGAAUAACAUGACCCCUCUGACAGACCCAGGGAAUACUCCAUGAGUUCCAGAUUGCUUUCUCGUUUCCUUAAAAACAUUUUUAAUUAAAAUUAAACGGGAAAUAACUCAAAUUAGAGGGGUCCAAAGUGUUAACGUUUUUCCUCAAUAUAAGGCAUCGCUUCCUACUUCAGAGCCCUUGUGUUAAUAACUUCUGCCAUCUUACACAAAUAACUCCAUCCUUCAUUAAUCUUAAUAAGUCAAAAUGGGCCUCUCCUGGGAUCUUUUCCAAGCUGUACAAACUGAGAAUUUUCCAUAGAAAGCUGAUUUUGGUAAGGCUGGCCACAGAGAGAGCAAGGCUUUCGGUUAUAUGACAGUCUUCCCUGUGGAACUCUGUACACAUAGAAGUAUACCAGACUCCAUCCUUGUGCUCCCUUUUUUACCUGUAGGUCAACAUAUUUUUUAUUCGCCACGACUUUCAAAAAUGCUGAAUAGCUGAGUUGAGCUUGAUUUUAAAUGGGUAUUGUGUAGCCAUUGGUAUGAAAUGUUUUUUUUAAGAGAUGCAUCACGUUAAACACUUGUUUUACUGAAUGUUGUUCAGAGUAUUUUAUAGAGAAUUGGCUAAUAGGAUUUGUAACAAAUAAAUUCCCAUUUUCCAAGCACAAUUGGGACUGCAGCCACCCACAGCAGCUACUGUAGAGGGAGAAAUCACUCUGAAAAGGGUGUAUCUGAACAUAAGGGUGAUCUCUUUUCUUCUGUCUGUGCAGCUGACUAGGAAAUAGAUGAAAUAUUGGCCAUUGGUUUUUUUCCUUCCAGAUUCCUCAUCCAUCCAUCCACUGGGAUCAUUUACACCCAGCCAUGGGCCACGUUAGAUGCAGAAGUUACGUCCAAGUACAACUUCUAUGUGAAGGCAGAAGAUACAGAGGGGAAGUAUAGCUUGGCUGAAGUCUUCAUUACUGUUCUUGAUGUCAACGAUCACUCCCCAGAAUUCAACGAGAACAUCCAGGAAAAAACCAUGAUUAUAGGCACUCCAGUGAAAGUGGAGGUUGGUCGAUGUGCGCAUUUGUGUGUUUGGUUGUAGUGAUUGGUAUUGAAGUGAUUGCAAUGGAUUUGUUAUGUUGCAACGGUUCCUGUUAUGGACUCAAAGGCUAAAUAAGGAGCUUACAUUUCUGUAAGUAAAUCUGUGCAGCUAUGGGUAUAAUCCACUUUUCAAUAUUCCAUUACAGUUUAGAGGACGUGGGUGGCACUGUGGUCUAAACCACUGAGCCUCUUGGGCUUGCCAAUCAGAAGGUCGGCGGUUCGAAUCCCCACGAUGGAGUGAGCUCCCAUUGCUCUGUCCCAGCUCCUGCCAACCUAACAGUUCAAAAGCAUGCCAGUGCAGGUAGAUAAAUAGGUACUGCUGUGGCGGGAAGGUAAAUGGCGUUUCUGUGCGCUUCUGUCAUGGUGUUCCCAGAAAGCUGUCUGUGGACAAACGCCAGCUCCCUCAGCCUGAAAGUGAGAUGAGUGCCACAACCCCAUAGUCGCCUUUGACUGGACUUAACCAUCCAGGGGUCCUUUACCUUUACAGCUUAGGGAGACCUGUGGAAAAUCAAGGCUUGUAAGAGCAGGGUUGAUUCUUCUUAAUGGCUCGGAACAGGCAACUAAUGAGUGGGGGGUUAAAUCCUGCUCAGUUUGGGUACACACUGCUAUUCCCUGCUGGGAACAGACAGAGGGCCAGCACAGGAUUUAACCAUACUCAAGUGCCCAUCAGAUAACAUCACAAAUUAAGUCAGCUGAUUGGGAGUUGGGCAUGGUUUGGGGAAAAGGCCUCACAGGCCAACCCAGAGCCCAAUGGCAGUCCAACAUUGGCCCGCAGGCUAGAGGUUCCUCAUCCUGCCUUAAGCCCUAAUGGUACACUUGAGGGCAUCCCGUUACAUUCUCCUUCAUACGUGAAUAGAUGCCAGUCAUCCUAUGGAAAUACCAAUAGGAAGACAAAUCAGGGCACAGAGUGGGUGAAGAAAAAGACCCAGAAGAGUGUCUGGGCACAAAGAGAGUCAAGGUUGGAGUGGGAGGCAGAGACUGACAGUGUCAGAGAGGUGGCAAGAGAUAGAGAAGAUUGUGUCAGAGAGGUGGCGUAGGAAAGUUCUCCAAUCUUAUCGUAUUUUUAAUGUUCUGUUGGGAGCUGCCCAGAAUGACUGGGGAAACCCAGCCAGAUGGGUGGGGUAUAAAUAAUUUAUUAUUAUUAUUAUUAUUAUUAUUAUUAUUAUUAUUAUUACUCAUGAAAUGCUACGGGUCUUUUGCUUACAAGAAAUAAUCAUAAAAGGCUAGUCUAGAGCCAUUCUUCAAAUACUAGAGUUGCGUCACAGGUGUGAUUUCUGUUUUGUUGUGCCUCAUUACUCUUCCGCUUUGAUUCAGUACAACAAAAUUGUUAAUAGGUGGAGCAGAAUGGAGCAGUUCCAUUCUGGAAUUGUUCUAGAAUUCCCACCCCCUGCUGUUUUUUCUGACAGGAAAUGCUGAUUUCAGAUGCAGCGGGCAGAAUUCUGCACAAUGGCCAUUUACUUCAAAUCAGAAAAUUAAACAUACAUUGGUUUUAUUUUUGUAAAAAAAAAAUCCCCCAUUACAGAGUUUUUCAAAUAAAAAGGGAGAAGGGGAUAAUUGGUAGGAGAUCUGAAUUUUCCAAGGGUUUUGUGUUUUUUUUUAAGGGAGGGGGGAACUGUUCCUUCAAACUCCUAGCAUUUCAAUUUUCUCCAAGAUAGAUUUUUUUGUUUCAAUUUUUAAACAAAUUAAUAAUCAUAAAUAAAUAAGAAUAAAAAUGUGCACCCCACCACCGAGACUAUUCCAUUGUAACUAUCCAGCCUCCCAAAAUUUCAACACCUCUUGCGAUGGUUUGACUCCUUUCCAUUUUAACAGUACAAAUUCUACAAACAUUCUCCAUAUCUCCUCAGAAUCAUUUCUUCUGCAUAUUCCCUGCCUUACCUUAAUGGCACAUGUCAAUUUAUCAUUAAUAGCUGUAUCCUACACCUCUCUAUAUCAAGCAGAAUAUAAAAUGGAAGACUGGUACAAGAUAGAUUUUUAAACUACUCCGGAAUCCAACCAAAUCCCACCCCACAAAGUUCUGGGACAGAAGCCAUGCUCAAAGUAUGGAACUUCAGAAUCAAAAGAACCAGUCCUCUUUAAAAUAGAUUGCCAUUCAAUAAACAUUUUUCUUUCACCUUUUCUCCCCAUCCCUAACAGGCAAUAGACCAAGAUGCGGAAGAACCCAAUAACAUAGUUGACUAUUCUAUUAUGCAAGCAGAUCCUGCCAAUGUGUUUGAUAUAGACCAAAGCACUGGAGAAAUAAAACUGAAAUCCUACAUAAGAUCCUUGGACAUAAUUCACAACAUCACCAACAACAAAGACUGCAUAUGGUCGGUGGUAGUUCAAGCCAAAGAUCGGGGCUCUCCUUCAUUUAGCACCACCGCUGUCCUGAAGAUUGAUAUCACAGAAGAGGUAAGGGGAUAGGAUACUGGAGAGAAAUGGCAAACGGGGAGACCCAAGAUUUGUGGCUGAGAAACAGUGAUUUGUAAUGGGCACCGCUGCAAAAGCAUCAUAAUUUGAGUCGUUGAAGUUAAAUUGAAGUAAGAGAGUGCUGUCAGAUGUGAGAUGAGAAUUUCUGGCAUUUCUGGGUCAAGGAAGCGUAGAGUCUGCCUAAAGAUCAAGUGGAUCCUAAGCCAUUUCAGCUGCUGGCAAUGGGUCCAUCCCUGACCUCUCUGUUGCAUUGUUCAGCCUCAUUGCUACCAAACAGAAGUUACGAUUGCUUUCCCUAUGCUGAAAAUGGAGAAGGAGAAAUUUAUGAAGGCCCACAACAAUAGUCUUAAAGGUCCACGCCUAAUCUAUGGUAUCUGUCCUUCUUCUUUUAACUUUGUAUCUUAACUCACCCUUGAUUUUACCAACCAUUCUCCAGAUGGUUCAUUAGAAGAAUAACUCCUCCUUUAUUACUACAUUUAACUUCCCAAACAAUAUUUUCAGAAUGGUUGCGAUGGUGGGUCUAAUGCUGGGGUGAGUGUAUUGGGGUGUGUGACAGACUUGUCAAUCUGCUUCACAUACAGAGGAUUCGUUAAACUGUCAUUUCCCUUAUACCCUGCAGACUACAUAGAUGUGGCAGGGGCAACCUAGACAUGUGGCGAUCUAAUAUCAGCAAACAGAAUGCCACCCAUCUGUUCUAGAAUAUUUAUUUCCCUUGAAUAAGCAUUGCAAACUGAUGGCAAAGAGAUUUGAAAUGCCACACCCUCUGCCAUUUGUUGUUGUUGUUUAGUCGUGUCCGACUCUUCGUGACCCCAUGGACCAGAGCACGCCAGGCACUCCUGUCUUCCACUGCCUCCUGCAGUUUGGUCAGACUCGUGUUUGUAGCUUCGAGAACACUGUGCAACCAUCUCGUCCUCUGUCGUCCCCUUCUUCUUGUGCCCUCAAUCUUUCCCAACAUCAGGGUCUUUUCCAGGGAGUCUUCUCUUCUCAUGAGGUGGCCAAAGUAUUGGAGCCUCAGCUUCACGAUCUGUCCUUUCAGUGAGCACUCAGGGCUGAUUUCCUUAAGAAUGGAAAGGUUUGAUCUUCUUGCAAUCCAUGGGAGUCUCCUCCAGCACCAUAAUUCAAAAGCAUCAAUUCUUCGGCGAUCAGCCUUCUUGAUGGUCCAGCUCUCACUUCCAUACAUCGCUACUGGGAAAACCAUGGCUUUAACUAUACGGACCUUUGUUGGCAAGGUGAUGUCUCUGCUUUUUAAGACGCUGUCUAGGUUUGCCAUUGCCUUUCUCCCAAGGAGCAGGCGUCUUUUAAUUUUGUGACUGCUGUCACCAUCUGCAGUGAUCAUGGAGCCCAAGAAAGUAAAAUCUCUCACUGCCUCCAUUUCUUCCCCUUCUAUUUGCCAGAAGGUGAUGGGCCCAGUGGCCAUGAUCUUCGUUUUUUUGAUGACCAUAUCUAGGCCAUAUCCCUCAGCCAUAUCUAGCUUUAUUAUCCGGAAACCUUAUAAUUUACAAGUCUCCACCUGAAACUUCCCAGUCUUUGCUAUGCUGUCUGUAAUUUCCUCUGCGAUAGCUUAGUUCCUUGCUUUCAUAUCUUUAUAGUAGAGCCUGUGACUGUUUGUCCUCUUUGUGCCUUCAUUGCAACGGUGCUUAGCCCGUUUCUUAUCCACAUUUCCACUUCUCCCACGAGCGGUUUGGACUUUUCCUCACUGCUUUCCCCCAGGAAACCCACACUUCUGCACUAAAUUGGAGCAAAUGUCAAUCUGGAAAAAACCUGGUUGAUAUUUGCUCCAAUUGGAUAGUGAGCAGAAGUGUGGAUGAACCCUAAGCUUUCAUGGUGCAUGAAUCCAUCUCUGAGACUGUGCUCUCCCUCCUUAAGUUUUUGUGACCUUUUUUUCAGGAGGGAAAGGGUUAGCAUAUACUACACUGGGAAUCAUUUCCAACUGGAGAUGGCAGGAUCGAAGCUAGUGGCAUGCAAAUAAGGCAUUCUCUUUGUAUAAUGUGCCCCAGGAUGUACUUGAAUGCAUCUGUUCCUUUUCCAUUGUUUCUGACCCGGCACUCUUCAUCCCACAGAACAGUGCUCUGUUUUCCUUUCUGAAGGCAAAGCUUCUUUGACAACACAACUAGAGGUGUCCAGCAGUGUUAAUCACAAUGAGUAAUUAAACAGGCCUAUUUUUGAUUAACAUUUACCAUCACAAUUAGCAGAACGCUUCUCCCUUCGAGAUGGAUGCCCUGCAGCUAGGUUUGGUGGUUUCAUGCAUCAAAAAAACAUUUUGCUCUUGAAACAAUGCAGUGAUAAUAAAAAAAUCCCAAGGCUAUUUUAUUUAACGGAUCCUAUUUUUACACAAAAAAGGGAUAUUGAUGAUAAGCCUAUGCUUUCUUUCAUACCCACUGGGGGAAAAGUGCUGAAGUGCAUAUGCGGUUUGCUUCCCCCUAUCCUUGAUUACAGGUAUUAUUUUUUUAUGACAGUAUACGUAGUGCUAGAUUUACGUGGCCUGGAAUGGAAAGACUGAUCAUUGCAGUGACAGAGCACACCAAUAAUUUUGCGAAAGUUUGCCUAUAGUCUACAAGAUUAGAAGGGGUGGCUAUCUAACCCUCUGCCCUGAACAUAAAUGGAUAGGAACAAGGUUCAUUCAGAGACGAGCUAUAUGUUACACUUGUGUGGGCUUAGGAGGCAGCCUGGCUCUGCCUGCUUAGUCUUCUGGAAAAGUCCCUCUUCCCAGAUGCCACAUGCCUUGCAUCAGAUGAUGGAGUACCUGGGGGAGGACAUCCAAAGAUGUUAUUGGUGCACAGGCAGGUGAAAAUAGAGCAGGCAGCUAUGUGAGCUGUUUCCAGAUCCCAAGCCAUAUACAGCUUUAACAGGGAGUGCCAACACUUUAUAUUGCUCUCAAAAAUGAACCAGGAGCCAGGGCAGCUCUUUAAGCAAUGGCAAAAUAGGUUCACAAUGGCUGAUCCCAAUUAGCAGCCUAGCAGCUCCACGAUUUUCUGGACGCUCCAACCCCGAUACAUAUCAUUGCAGUAGCAUCCUAGUGCCAUGUGGAAAAUGAGCACGGCAUGCAGCAGGAAGCUUUCGUAUGAGAAAUCAGGUAUCAUUGAAUACACACCUGAAUGUUUUAUUAACAGCCGCAUCUCCUUUGCAUUUGUCAUAAGCAGACUCAGGAUGUGUCGUGACGACGUGCAGGGACACUGAGGAGAUGGAACUCAGAUUAAGUGUGCCUCGUGCGAUGAAUAUGUUUUUCUCUGGCACGCUUAUUGCCAAGUCAAGUGUGUAACAGAUAAUCUUAUUCAGGCAGCUAAAGAGAACAUGCAUUGAUUGUGGCUUGCUCCACAAAUCCUCGGAAGAUGAGAUUCUGUACCAUUCAAAUCAGUAGAAGAAUGUUCCCAUUGACCUGAGCUGCAGUGUAGUCAGUCCUCAAGGCUGGAAUUCUGCACACCAUUACCUCUGGGUUGUAACUGUGCUGUCGCCAUCAAGGCAGCUGGCAGGAAGCAAGAAAGGAGGCAGAAAGCACUGGGUGCCAAGCUGGAAAGGAAUGGUGUCUCAGGAUUUGGCAAUCUGCUGCUUCACAAUCCUGUGAGGAGAUUGCAGUCUCCUACAAUGGACAGUCAGGAGGAAAAGUUGGCCAAGUCCAAGCUAGAUAAUGGGAGCUUGGAUAUCUGCCUUUGCCAGUUCAAGAGAGCAGUAUCUUCUGCCUGCUUCUGCAGCUCAGGCUCCAGUCCCUGGUCUCAGAUGAAGAACACCUGCUUCAUGAUUAGAUAUAGGUACUGUACAACUAAGCCAGUCUCGUUCUGAAGGUGUUUAUACAUGUAUAUAUGUAACCGCAUGGUUACAGUAAUAAUGACUUAUAAACAUCUCCGGUGGUUGCAUGUUUCCAUUCUCCAGUCUUCAAGCCUUGCUGUUUCUCUUACUAUUUUUUUUUUUUUUAGAUAAUAUUUAUUAAAAUUUCACAAGAAAAAAAACCACAUUAAUGAAGAAAAAAUUAACAAUAAAAAGAAAAAAUACAAAGGAAAAAAGGAAAAAACAAUUAAAAACAAUUUCAUCUUUCCUCACUUCUUUUACAUUUACUUGUUUCUCGGACCUCCUCUUACCUCCCUCUUUUGUAUUCUAAUUAAAUAUGUUAAUCCAACAAUUCCUUUCCCUCCUUUUUAAUCCUAAUCUUUAAUCUUGAUAUAAUAUAACUUUAAAUUUUAGAUUUUACAUAUUAAAACCAAUUUUUCCAUAUUCUUUUAGCCUGUACAGCUAGAAACCCCUUAACUUCAACAUCAUUCUAACAUUCAUUAAUUUUGCAAUAUUUCUGUAAAUAGUCUUUGAAUUUCUUCCAAUCUUCUUCCACCGACUCUUCUCCCUGGUCACGGAUUCUGCCAGUCAUUUCCGCCGCUGUUUCUCUUGCUAUUAUGUGCAAUUACAGGCACUCAUUUAUCCAUGUUAUCUGGGUAGGGGUUUUUUUAGCUUCUAAAAUUGGUCUUUUAACCACAAAUUUUGUGAUGUUAUUCUUUUGCCUGUGUUUACACUGAGUGGUGUGUUGUUGUUUCGUUUGUUUGUUUGUUUGUUUGUUUGUUUGGUGUUUUAAUUUUAUUAUUAUGUUCUGUCCCAGCAUCAUGUAUUAGAGGAGGAUGGGCUCAAAAAUAUUUAGUAGUUUUAUCCCCCCCACCCAAUUGCUUCUUAGCCCUGCUAUGUUUUAAAGAGGGGAGGGUCCUAUGAUGGUCUCCAACCAAUAUAUUCAGAAGAAUCUUUUUUUGCAUCAGCUACUAGCCAUAGCAGUAAAAGAAAAGAAAAAUGUACUGAAGAUAGAGGUAAAAACUUAACUAUACAAGAGACAUUCUGGAGAUUUACAUCAAUAAUCAAAUAAUACAUCUUAUUCUAGUUGCCCCUGCUCAUUUAUUUAUUUUUUGCAGUUUUUGCUGUCACCUGGUUAUCCUGAUCUGCUAAAAGAAAGCACACAGUAGCAAUGGUUGAGCGACCUGGUAGGGAUCUGAAGUGUAUCUGAAGAAGUGUUCAUGCACAUGAAAGCUCAUACCAGUAACAAACUUAGUUGGUCUCUAAGGUGCUACUGGAAGGAAUUUUUUUUAUUCUGGUAGAGAUAGUAGUAGAGGGGUAAUAACCUCACUCCUCAAAUAUUUAUACAGAAUGCAAGCUAGAAGCACAUGAGCUACUGAUUCAAUUCUGCCCUCUCCACAUGGACAUAGCCCUUUUUCCCACAGAUUUUUUUGAAAUCGACCCUCAAGCACAGCUGUAGGCAGUAUAUUUAAUCUUGCAUAAGUAAAAGUGCAUCUGUAUAUUUUGGAAUUAUUAAAUUUUGCAAAUAGGGUGCCAAAGUGUCAAAAUGACUAGGUGGGAAAUAAUCGUACAACGGACAAAAUUUCUUUAUCAUGGCCAAAUUCUGUUGCUCGAUAUCAUAUAGGCACUGUCUAAUUAAAUUAUCUGCUUCAGUUACUUGCCAAUGUAUUUUGGCAGUGCGAGGAUUUCCACUUUCACAACAGAACUCCCUCCCCUUUCUUCUGCCUGUGUUCACACUUCGCCCUCCCCAAAUAUGUUGCAGGGGGUUGGGAGGAAUCCCAGACCAGAUUUAGGGAGGGAGGAGAAAGUUGUGUCCCACAAGCAGACAUCCUUGCACUGACAGAAUGGGGUACUUUGCACUACAUUGGAUGCAACCCGCUGUUUCCUUUAUGAUGGUGGUCCACAGGUUGAUUGGUUUUCUUAUUUUUGACAUUUUCAGAUCAAAUCAAGGGUAAGAUCCUAUAUUUUAGGCCUCAAGAAACGUCCAUGGACAUUAUUUGGGAUUUGCACGAGUGGCGUCCUUUCUACCAUUUCUGUUACCAUGGUGAUCUCCACCAUCAUGUACUGGAAAAGUGUGAAAAGAUCCAGACUCCAUCCUCAGGGAAAAAUCAGGAAAAUUAAACGGCGACUACCACAGCGCUCUGUGUGCUAAAAUGCUAUACAAACUUUUCAUUCAUUUGUCCUCAGUAUGCCAUAUUGAGAGGCUGCAUUACCUCUUAAUCAAGCUUUGGAUUCUUUAAAAGGGAAACAAACAGCCUGUCUCUUCAUCUCAGAUUCAUUACCUCAUAGCAUUGGAGUGGUUUGUUUUGUUUUUGUAAUGUCUGUAAAAGAGUACUAGAACAUGCUCAGUUUCUGCUGUUUAAGAACCGAUUUGACAGCCUCAAAAUGUUUUCAGUUGAAGAUGCAUCAAUAGGAUGAGAAAAUCUUAUUACUAGUAUUUUCUCUGAAAGCGUUGCUUUGAUUUUGGGAGAUUCUGAAAUGAAAUCUGAAGCAUAAGGAACACCUUCCAGUUAUGGAUAUAUAUACUGAGUUUAUCUCAAUUUGAUACCGGUUUUAACUGUGACAGCUUUCCCCAAAAGAAUCAGAGACAUUUUAGUUUAUGGGUGUUCAUAGUAAUAAAAUAAUAAUAAUAAUAAUAAUAAUAAUAAUAAUAAUAAUAAUAAUAAUUUAUUUAUUUAUUUAUUUAUACCCCGCCCAUCUGGCCGGGUUCCCCCAACCAUUCUGGGAGACUCCCAACAGAAUAUUAAAAAUACAAUAAAACAUCAAACAUUAAAAACUUCCCUAAACAGGGCUGCCUUCAGAUGUCUUCUAAAAGUCAGAUAGUUGUUUAUUUCCUUGACAUCUGAUUGGAGAGCAUUCCACAAAGCAGCGCCACUACCAAGAAGGCCCUCUGCCUGGUUAGGGAUCCCUGGUGUCCAUUCUAACAGGACUACAAUUUCCAGGGUUCCGUCUUAGAAUAGGGAAUGACUCUUGUCACCAGUUUGUUGUAUGGUUAUGUCCUUGACUGCACAACCCAGUGGUUUUGUUUCUACUUGCAACCGAUGGACAACAGAGUAUUGCAUAGGAAUGAUGCAAAACUCCCCACAUCCUGAGUGAAAGGCUCCACUAUUUAAUUGCUGCAGUUGACCUUCUUAGUGUUAAAUCUGAAUUUUGGAUGCCAAAUUGGAGAUGGCUUGGUGGUGUGGAUCACAUAUUUUGGACAAAUGAAAGCGCAGUCUCUCUCUCUCUGUGCCCCAGAGUUAAGUCACCAUGUUCUCUUUGUACUCUUUUACAGACUCUUCACAAAGGGCCUAUGGCUGCCUUUUUGAUGCAAACAAAAGAUAACCCCAUGAAAGCCUUAGGAGUGCUAGCUGGUGUCAUGGGGGUGAUGGUGGCGAUCACCAUCUUAAUCUCCACCGCCAUGUUCUGGCGCAAUAAGAGGUCCAACAAAAUCAUGCCCGUGAGACGGAUCAUUAAAAAAAGGCAGAACCACCAACCAACCAGGAUGAUCAGAAUGGAGUGGCUGAAAUUCAAGAGGCCCAGCAACGCUGCAGAGAAGUUUGUCGUCGAAGAGGAUACCAAGAGUCUGCAAAAUGAGAACAGCAACAACAACUUCCAGGUGCCCCUUCCUCCUCCACCACCUGCUGCUCCAGCCCUACCUCCAGCCCCGGCACUCAAGACUAAUGUCUCUGAAUGGAGGGUCCCCACAGUAUCUGGAUCGCUGAGUCCAAAGAUUAUUAAAAAGCAGGCAAAGAAAGGUGCCGCGGUCUGCACAUCCCACAAUGCCCUGGUGUCGGAGCUCAAGCAGAGGUUUGAAAUGAGAAGUGCGGCAAGCCCUCACAUUUAG